GAUCCUGCAACAUUCAGGGCUGUGGAUCUUAUAACAAGGCUGCUGGAUACUAUUUCAAUAUAUGCAUCAACGCUUCCCAUCCUUCUACUCACCGUUGCUAUAACCGUCCACCUAUUUUUCCACCCCUGGGUGCCCGCGCAAAAUUAACACAGCACCAGUUCCUCUCCUGCAUAUGGGAAAUACACCUUUUUGCUAAGUUAGAAUACCGCAGAUCUUGCACACAAAAUCCAGAGUAGUUUCCGGACCCCCCUGCUUCCUCCCCCAUCUGAUUUUGAAAUCCAACUUCCUUCUUUCUGUUACUUUUGAGAUUCAAAAGGAUACACUGACAUAGCUAAAAGACCAUUUCAUUGCUAACAGAGAAGAAGCUGAUUGGAGAACGAUGGUGCAAUAGUUUUUCUAUUUUAUUUUUUUGGGAUGGACCUCUUUCACUACGAAAAAAGCCAGAAAUAUUUUUUUCAAACCAUUUAAGCGAUACUUUUUAUUUAUUUAUUUUUUGUUUGAUUUUUUUUAUGUUGUCAUAUCCUGUCUACUAAUUGUGUGUAACUAUAUUUGAGGUGGCAAGUGUUGGUUGUUAAGAAGAAAUCAGGCGUUGGGUGUGUCACCUACUAACUGCCCUGAUACAUUACACCACCUCUGACUUUGCUCACAUUACUUUUUAGCUCUUUCAAUUCUGCCACCCAUAGUACUUUUGGAGCUUUCAGCCUGGAUCUGAGUGCGUGGAAACGUGGAACUGCCCGGAUCAUGGGGAAUGCCGCAGGGAGCAUGGAUAUGUUCCAGCUCCGAGAUACAAAGACACAGCCGGGGUCUGGGACACCCCCUCAAAAACAAAAAGAGACAACACCUCAAAAAUUGCCAAGACCAAAUUCAGUGGAGCUGGAGGAGAAAUUCAACGUGGUUUUGGUAAGUAGACAUCAAAACGUGACUUGAGCAAAAAUCACACUGUUUAAAAGACUUACAGACACACUUUAAUUAGAUGAUAUCUCAGGAAUUGUUGUAGUGUUCCGAUCGAAGGUGACAUGGGCUUGAAGUUUGUACCAAAAUUGGUACUUCUGUUUUUAGACUGUAAUAUUCAAAAUUUUGUACAGAAGACCAUGCAUUGUACAGAUAUAAAGGAUGUUUAUGAACAAGUGGCAUAAAGCUCGGUUGUUGUGAUCUUUUCAAAUUGAGUUCGAGCCAAAGAAGUCUUGUAAAACAUUUGUUUGUUUUUUUUGUUUUGUUUUACAUAGAAUGUGACGGCAGAUAAGAACCGGCCCAUUUACUCUGCUCAAUUUUCUAAAUACUCUCAUUAAUCCCUGGCCUUAUUUUAUAGUUAGGAUAGCCUUAUGCCUAUCCCAUGCAUCCCCAUGUAUUUGGUUUUUAAGUUAAGAUACAAAAAUGUAAAGCUAUCCAGAUGUUUUUGGAAAGAAAUUAGAGGACCGUGGGUGGGGGCAUAAAAAGAUAAAACAAAAAAAGAUAAAACAGAAAUGUAGAUUUGAAAGGCAUGUAAGAAGCAAUUGACCCAUCUAGUUAGCCCUUAUGCUGCUGUUACGGAUUCGAUCUAAUAGAAAGCUGUAUGCUUGUCUUCAUGACUUUAAUUACUUUGACAGCUGAUAUUUCCACUGGAAGGCAACUUCUGGAAUCUACUACCCCUUUUGCAAGCUGAUCGUUUUGUGCUUUAGUCCAUUGUAUUCGGUCUUCUAACUUUAAUAGUUUGAUCUCUAUGAAGACAUUUCCUUCAAACAUUUAAUUAAGGAAUGGAUUAUCUGUUAGCCAUGACUCACAUAAUUGGGUAUUAUACCAGUGGUUGCAAACACUUACAACACUUGUUGUCAGGCAUUUCAGCCAUAUGCAGUUGGCCGUAUGUAUCUGCAUAUAUCAAAUGUGUUUUUAUUUAUGUUAAUCUUAAAUAAACCACAUAUGGAGAUUUCUAGAUUAGUCCAAUCUGUGGCCGAGUUUUCAAACAUCUGAAAUAUAAGAUUUCUUUUAAAACAUUAUUCCAGUAGGCAGACGUACAAAAACUAAAAUAUUACGCUUUAAAUGAGUUUGAACAUAGGAGCUCAGGACAAACAGCCCCAAGUGUGUCCAUGAUCGAGAAGAAAGUACUAAUACCAACGGAGCUUCUCACAAGAGACAUCCUCACCGUCACGAACAUGUGCUUUUAUUAACAUUGCAGCUAUUGUGUGAAAAUACCAGUCAGUACUCAAAUUACAUUAAAGGGCUUGCUGACAAGUGUGAAAGCUAGCAAGCACUAAAAGUAUUGUUUGUAUAACUGCCCAUUUCUGAUCCUUCAUCAAGGUGACCAUUAAAAGGGGACGGUAAAUUACCUGGAUAUUUAAUAUUCUGUUUACUUAUCACUAUGUUAAGUUAAUGUUUUUGUGAGGUAUUAAAAUUAAACUUAGCCACACCUUUGUAUCCUGCAACAGUGCACCUCCUCCUUACUUCCCUUGUUAAUCAUUAUUAUAAGCUCUGCCCUUUGCCCCCUCGGAGAGUCUACAUGGAGGAAAAAAUGUUUCUAUUUCAUUAGCAAAGGUUGUCCUGUCUAGAUUGGAUUAUGAUGCAAUUUGCUAAAUUUUUUAAAAAUUAAUUUUAGAAAAACUGAGAAAAUCAUGAAAAAGAUAAACCCGAGUCAUAGGAAAUUUUUAUUUUAUUAUUCAAUUAUGUAAAUUUCAGAGAAGUUACUGUCCUGUUUUAGAAGAGGUCUGUCUGUAUAUUGUGUGGUUUUAUGUUCUGUUUUGUUUGGGGGGAGUGGUUGUGGUGCUGAUAUCUGUACACUGACCGUCACAAUAUUUAAACCGCUGACAUGAAUAAUAACAUUCAUUCUAUAAUUACAAUGGUACUUGUCUAGGGGUGGGAUAUAUUGGCCAGCAAGUUAACAGUCUGUUCUUGAAUUCCAUGUGUUAGAAGCAAGAAAAAUGAGGCAGAUCUGAGUGACUUCAACAAGGACCAAAUCAUCGUGGCUAGACAACUGGGUCAGAGAAUCUCCAAAACAAGUCUUGUGGGGUGGCCCUGGUAUACUGGGGUUAGUACUUUCCAAAAGUGGUGCAAGGAAGGACAACUAUGAACCAGCAUUAGGGCCGUGGGUGUCCAAGGCUCAUGGAGUCAUGUUGGGAGAGUAGGCUAGCCCAUCUGCUCUAAUCACACCAAAAAGCUACCUUAGCUAAAAUUGCUGAAGAACAUAAUGCUGAUUAUGACUCAAAGGUGUCAUAACACACAGUGCAUCUCAAUUUGCUUUGUAUGGGGCUGCAUAGCCACAGACAGAGUGCCAUGAUGACUCCUAUACACUGUCAAAAAGUGUCUACAGUGGAAACGUGGAUAUCAGAACUGGACUGUGGAGCAACGGAAGAUGGUGGCAUGACCUUGGGUCCUGGCAUCAUGUGGUUGUUACUUUGACACCUACCUAGAGAUUGCUGCAGACUAUGUACAUUCCUUCAUGGCACAUGUUCCCUGAUGGCAGUGGCUACUUUCAGCAGGAUACUGCAUCCUGCCACACUGCAAAAAAAUGUUCAGGAAUGAUUUUAGGAACAUGAUAGAGAGUUCUAGGUGUUGCUUUGGCCUCCUAAUUCCUCAGAUUUCAAUUAACACACUAAUGCUGGUAACAGAAUAGCAGUACCCCUCAUUGACAUAAUUAGCAAAAUUGCUAAUCUGAUAUACUAAGCAAUAAAAUCGUUAGAUUGACUGACUUUCUUAACGUUUUUUCCUGGAAUCUUCAAAGAUUCUGAUAGGAAAUUAUACUCCUUCCUCUAAUCUGUGCACAGCAGGUUGCUGUCUGUAUCUGACCUGCUUUAUUGUUUAGAACACUCUGUAUAAGAUUUCAAGUUGAGAGUUUCACUGGAGGCAAUUUUGCAGUUAAACUGUUCGAGAGCUGUUUAAGCCCUCGAGGUAAGAGAGCGCCCACAGGCCUCCUGGCACCAUAACUUUAUUAUGAACUUGUUAUGGUGUCCUAAAUGCCCAUUUAAUUAGAUCAGUUCAGAGUAAAUGAUUCUGAGCCCUGAAAGUCUCUUUUCCGAACCUGUAACCCCCAAAUGUUAUAUAUCCCCAUAUAGCUCGCAAUAUCAGCUAUCAACUGUCCCAGAUCGGAGGUACCCAGCCUAAGUGACAAUACUUUAAAGUUCCACCAGGUCGUGACUAUCCUCCUAUCCAGUGCAGAGUUAGUUUCGUAGUAGCUUUAGGUCUUGUUUCGAAGGGUUCCUGGAGUCUUGAUGAAGGUAGCACCCUCAAUCAUGAGUAACCCUAAAUGCCUCUUCACCUCCCCAAAAUUCUAUUCAAAGAGCACUGUGAUUUAUGUGACCGAGUGACACCUGGUCAAAGAUUCACCGGAUAGUGGUACAGUUCUGUUCCGGUAAAUAGUUCCAUAGCAAUUCAGGUUAUUUCCCAAUCAGGUGCUCUGUGUGAGACUGGGAUCAGCUCCACCUGGAGUGUAUAAUAGGAGCCCCUGUUUACCCCUUCACUACAUUGACAAUAGCCAUUUUGUGCGCUUUCAGAGUGUUCAGGGACAGGGUUCAUAGGCUGGGUGGAGGAGGCUAGCCUCCAAACCCUUCCCCAAUUCUUAGGACCAGAGGCAUCUGUUGCAGAGUGGGUGGUCCAUUACAAAUGUUCUGCAUACAUGGAAGGGUGGUUGUGCAGCCAGGGCAGGCACUACCAUACUGCAGCACCAACCAACAGGCGUGCACCAACCCGAGAGGCCUAUGUCCAGGUGACCAACAGGGGGGGAGAAAUCCCCUUACUGCCAGUCACUCCAUGUAGAAUGGCUUCCUUGACCAAGGUAGAGGACUUAAUUAUUUUUCUACCUGCUCUGACAGGAACUUGCUCACUGGAGCCCUGUCAGACUGAGUAGAGAAUAAAUAAGACCUCUACCACAGUCUUUGAGGCUACACUACAACAAGAGGUAAGCAGGCAUGAAGGGAGGGAGAGAAAGAUGCCCCAUGGGAAUAUGGGGGUGGGGAGGCACAGAAACAUACACCCAAAGGGAAUGGAGGGGAGAAAAAUACACCAAAGUUGAAUGGAGAUGUGAAACGGAGGAAGAGACACCCAAAGAAAAUGGAGAGCAGAAAGAAACACCCAAAGGGAAUUGGGAGGGGGAAAGAUGGCAAAAUGCAUCUUCGCCUGUGUAGCCAAAAUUCCUGUGUUAGGUGUACUCAGGACCGCCAUCAGGGUUGACAACCAUGACGGUUGUCAUGGGCCCGGCCACCCGGGCCCCACGUGUAGUGGCGAAACUGCCGCCGGUGCAGUUGCACCGGGGCCCGCACGCUGUUGGGGCCCAUCGGGUGGCCCACGCACUUAGGGCCACCCGAUGGGCCCUGUGUCUUCAGGGGCCCGGUCAGCGCUGCAGCCGUGCAAGUGCGCGACCGGGCCCCUUUAAAAAAACCUCAGCUGCAAAGUACUGCUGGGAGGAAGUGGCCGCGCGGGAAGGAGGAAAGCCAGGCCACGGGAGCCACGCUGACUCCCAUCAGCCACAGCCUUCCACCUGUAUGUAUGUAUGUCUGUAUAUAUGCCGGUAUGAAUGUAUGUCUUUAUGAAUGUAUGUAUGUGUGUAUGGAUGUGUAAGUCCUCAUGCAUGUGUGUCUGUAUGUAUGUGUAUGUCUCAGUAUGUGUGUGUCCGUAUGUAUGCCUAUAUGCGUGUUUCAGUAUGUGUGUCUGUUAGUAUCUAUCUGUGUGUAUAUGUGUCCUUUUGUAUCAGUGUGUGUUUUUGUGUCUGUGUGUGUAUUCCUGUGGGUGGGAUUUGGAGGCGGACCCGGUGGGCGGGAUUGGAGGCGGGCCCCUGGGGGUCCCAGACCCUGAGCUGAGUUAGGGGCCCCAAAAUUUCUGGUGGCGGCCCUGGGUGUACUCAAAUCCUCCAGCUAGGACCAGAACCAGAUGGAAACGGGGGCUGUAACUGAAUUGUUCCUACAUUGAUUUUACAACUCAAACAUAAACCAGGUUAAUUCCCCAAAUUCAUAAUUCCCGAAAUGAAAACAUAGCCAACUUGUAAAGUUUUUUUUCAAUUUGUCUAUCGUGGCCUAAAUUUUAAAAUCACACUGAAUUAGUGACAAUUCACACUUCUAGCAAAUAACCAUGGUUUUUGUACACUGGUCUCUUUCAGCGUCAGAUGGGCCAAUCAGCUAUUAAAGGAACACUAUAGUCACCUAAAUUACUUUAGCUAAAUAAAGCAGUUUUAGUGUAUAGAUCAUUCCCCUGCAAUUUCACUGCUCAAUUCACUGUCAUUUAGGAGUUAAAUCACUUUGUUUCUGUUUAUGCAGCCCUAGCCACACCUCCCCUGGCUAUGAUUGACAGAGCCUGCAUGAAAAAAAAAACUGGUUUCACUUUCAGACAGAUGUAAUUUACCUUAAAUAAUUGUAUCUCAAUCUCUAAAUUGAACUUUAAUCACAUACAGGAGGCUCUUGCAGGGUCUAGCAAGCUAUUAACAUAGCAGGGGAUAAGAAAAUCUUAAUUAAACAGAACUUGCAAUAAAGAAAGCCUAAAUAGGGCUCUCUUUACAGGAAGUUUUAUGGAAGGCUGUGCAAGUCACAUGCAGGGAGGUGUGACUAGGGUUCAUAAACAAAGGGAUUUAACUCCUAAAUGGCAGAGGAUUGAGCAGUGAGGCUGCAGGGGCAUGUUCUAUACACCAAAACUGCUUCAUUAAGAUAAAGUUGUUCAGGUGACUAUAGUGUCCCUUUAAGUAAGUUGUGGUAGGAGGUUUAAAGUCCAUUUUGAUAGCCCACGUCACGUUGUAUUAUAUACAUCAGCAGUGUAUCUUUGUACAUGUAGUUCUUGCUGAAUGCUGAGGCUUCUUUCUUAGCUGUGCUGAGUUGGCGUGCAAAGCGAAACAUUUAAAGGAAUAAAAACUGGACAAAUAGCUGUGUGAGAAUUUUUCGAGCCAUGCCAGUUUGGCAUAACUUUGUGCAAUUGAAUUGCCAAUUUAUUGUUUUGUAAAUAUAUAGAUAUUGGAGAAAUAGGCUCUCUUCGCAGCCUAAACUGUCACAUACCUGCCAAGUGUCCCUAUUUAGGAGGGGCAGUCCCGAUUUUGGGUGCAAAUCCCUCAUGUCCCUCUUUUCUAUGCUAAUAUUCCUCUUUUCUAGGAGCUCCAUGUUGUUGGUGUGUCUGAGUGUAUAACAGAGCUCCACAGGAUUAAUACUCCCAGUACUGUGUCUUUAAACUACAAUAAGUGUGGUUGGAAAUCAGUCUGUGGUCUGUGGACUGGAGGUGCACUUUGUUUGCAUAUGCUCUCGUGAGCUCCAGUGUUCAGAGAGUUGCCAUGGUAAACCACAGCAACACUCGGCUCACUGGAGUCAUGCUUGCCACUUUACAGGUAUAAAGAUGUCUGCUGCAAUGUGUGACAGCAAUCUUUAGCAAGGAAGCUUGGUGGCUGCCCUGCACGCAGAGGCCCUGUCAUGCCCCCUCUUUGGUCAUUCUGCUCCAGGGAGAAAAGGACAGCUCCUGGGUGCCCUUGUAAAUUAUGGCGCCCUGCGCUAAAGGCAGCCCUAGGUAGACUAUGUGUUCAAUAUAUAGCUUAGGGGGCUAAUUAGCCAAGCUGUGCAUCUCUGUGCAAAUCUAACAACUUUUACAAAUAAAUUGAGGGGAACACAAACAUCUAUUCCUGACCCUAUAGUGUUAAAACACCAUCUAGCCCUCCUGGCUACCCUUUGCACCCCUAAAUAUAAUACAAUCUUUAGUUUUAUUCCAGGCUGCUGUUGGCUCUGUCCUUGACCUGCCUGCUUGGCUGAUAUCAUCAGGAUUGGUGAUCUGAGCCAAUCACAAUGCAUUCCCAUAGGAAGACUGUCAAGGAGGCAGAUCAGGGGCAGAGCUUGCACAAACCAAACACAUCCCUGGCCAAUCAGCAUCUCUUCAUAGAGAUGAAUUGAAUCAAUGCAUCUCUAUCAGGAAAGUUCAGUGUCUACAUUUGAGGAGGGGUCAGUGGAAGUAUCCCUGGGCUGUAAUUUAAACACUGCCUUCUCUCUGAAAAGACAGUGUUUACUGCAAAAAGCCUGAAGGGAUUGAUUAUACUCACCAGAACAAAUACAAUACGCUGUAGUUGUUCUGGUGACUGUAGUGUCCCUUUAAACAUUUAUAUUAGCUCUGUGUUCAAACUCCCGUCACUCCUAAGACACCUACAUGGUUUAUUGUAUUAAACACCAAUACACAAACAGAGCAAACAUUACCUGCUCCCCAUCCUAAACGCCAAUGCACACUGUUGAAAAAGGGACCACUCUAUGCCCUCCUCCUUAUUUAUAGUAUUCAGGGUUUUAUAUUUGAGAGGAAAGCGAUAAUAGUGUGCAGGUCACUUUUUCUUUUUGACUUAUGAAUAAUUAAUGCAACAGAGGAAGAUUGCCAGAAGGGACCCAGCCCUACAUAUAUUUAAUUACAUCCAUGACCAUGUGUAUUGAGUCACACUGUAUUGGAACUGUGUGACUGGAGCAUUUGAACCAAUCACUAUGGACACUCGUUCUGUUUGCUGACACUGGAUAUGGAGGUUAGAAGAAGGUCACAUAGAAAUAACUUGUGUAUUAUUUAGGAUCUCAUUCACCUGCUGUUAUCCGAGAGGUAGGUGUGUGUGUGUGUGUGUGUGUGUGUGUGUGUGUGUGUGUAUCGAAUGAGCAAUGUUUGUGAGAGAGGUGUAUUGAUUGUAGAAUAAAGCUAACAUAUCAUUGGUGAGUCCAUGUAGGCUUGCUUCCAACAGGUGGAGCUCUAGAAGACCCAUCACGUAAUAUUUAGAGGUCUUCUUACCAUCGAUGGCCUGGCAACGUUAUAGCGUGUGCAUGACCCAUGGGUCGGAAUGUAUGAUGCAUAUACAUGAUGUUGGGUCAGUGGCGCACAUAGGUGAAAUAAAAACACUAUAGAUGUGGCAAUUCAACUCGUCAGAGUAUCGUCUAUGCAAAAUAGUAGGAGAAAAGAAUCAGAUGAGCCAAAGGGACGAGGAAAAAGCACCAAUUAGUGUGCUGCAUGCAAAAUGGCUACAAUAUUGCUAGCCUAAUGGCUAGGCAAUAUCAAGCAUUUUUCCAAUCCUAAUUGUGAGUUGUUAUAAUUAUAUUAUCUAUGUAAAACAAAAUUCGAGAGAGCAAAGUUUUAUAAUGAUUAUUUUUCCUUUUACAAUCUUGCAUUAAUGAAAAAUGGGUAGCAGCAGGAGAUGUUUUCAAAGAUUUCCCACAUAUCACGUUUGUAGCGGCACUGAGAGUCCUUCGGUUAUUGAGUGGAAAAAAAAGCGUUGUAGCAGCAACAGGAGGUAUAUAAUUUGAAAAAAGGGUAAAAAGGUAUUUUACAAAAAAAUUAAAGGGUGGAAUGUGUUAGUGGGUCCACUGACUUUCCCUUUCAUUUUCUGUAACAUACCCUUUUUUCAAAUUAAAUUAUUUCUGCUGCUGCACCCUCUUUCAUUGUAGUGGUUUCAUCCUGCCUGGCUGAGUCUUGUAAUGUGACUACACCUGCUACCUCCACACACGCAGUUCGUAGAAGCUGCAAGGGAACUGUUUUUUCCCCACACUGAAGAAUGGUCACUCAUGAUAUAGAUCGGACACGUUUCAUCCUGAGAAGAACAAACCUUUCCCACACAUCCAGUCUGUAACGUGAGUGACCGUCCUUCAGUUUGAAGAAAGAACAGUGCCCUCUCAACUUCUACCAAUCUCAUCUGUGGAGGUAGCAGACAUCUGGAAGACUGGAAGUGCGAGACCCCUACAAUAAAAAAUCACUACAACCAACAUCACCACAUUUUAGAAUACUAUUUUUCCCCCCAACAAAUUAAAAGAAUACCUUUCAUACUCAGUGCAGGCAGGGUUUACUUGUGUAGUAAACGGCCACACUGUACAUUACUGAGGGGAAAAGCUUGCAAUUUGCAAAACACAAGCAGUGGCUCUGAAGCACACUACAAAACAAAUAAUCUGUCUCUCACAAAUCACAAAUCGGUAAAACUAUUCUAAAUCAAGGAACCAAAGAUGAUGAAAGUGGCAGUGGCAGGGCAAGAGGAACGUAAUUAUAUUGGUUUCUUUUUUUUCCCUGGCCUAUAAGGCAGAGCAAUGGUAAAACGAAGCAAACCCUUUCUGCUGGUGUGACUCCCUCUCUGUAGCUGAAAUCAAAGUGUCUAGAAGAAAUCUGCUAUAGUGUUUUAUUACCCCUCUGUUGGUCACUUUGAUUGAUCUGUGAAUGAAAUAAACAAUUAGUGGCUGUGCCCCAAUAGUUUUUCUACCACUAGAUUGGACAGGAGAUACUGACCUCUUGUCCGUCAUGUCAAUCUUAGUUGCUUAUUUGCCCACCCUCCACCCCAGAAAAAGCUUCUUCUCCAUUCCUAUCUCUUUAAUUUAAAAUUGUAGGCAUGGUUUUAUAAUAAUUAAUAUUGUCAUAUUACGGUUCAUAUUAAUAUUCAUAUUCAAUAAUAUUUUAAUAUUUAUAAAAUUAUCAUAAUUUUAACAUAUUAUUUGUAAUAUUUUGUCCCACAAUUAGCACUACAGUCCCCUUUUGACCGGUGGAAAUCCGACACAAACAAAACUGUUGUCCUUUGUGUGGGUUUAUUUUUAUAUUUUUUUGUACCACUUUGAAGUUAAGGAAUUCAGAUGACCCCCAGAUCUCCAAAAUUCGGACGAAUUGCAAAUCAGCCAAAACGAAAUGCACAAGUCUAGGGAUUACUAUAAAAUAAAAUGUAUCCUGCAUAGCUUAACUGGGUAAUGAAAGCUUUGGUACCCCCUUUAUGUGAGGAGUAAAAUUUGAUGAUCCUGUUUACACAAAGAUUCUAUACAUUCUAAUAUUUUCUACAUUAUGCAUGUGGUGGGGCAUUUUUUGCUUUUAUUUUUCUCUACCACCGUGAUUACAUAGUCAAAUUAAGUAUGAUAAACAACAUUAAAAACUUGAAUCGUGCUGAAUAAAGCUUGAUUAAAACUGUAAACAAGAGGGAGAUUAAGACUAGCAGAUUCUGAUAGAGUUCAAGCAUUAAUGGAAAAUAUAAUUUGGAUAAGUGAGUGACGUGGUGCGUUUGGGAUGAUAAGGUGACUGUGGUGUCCAUAGGCGGAGGGUGGUAAAAUAAGGGCUUAUGAACAGGUGAGUUCAGAAAAGAGGUGGCUGUCUUAAAAUAGAUAAGGCCUAUAUACAGAAAAUGUAGAACCUGCAAAAGAAAUCUGAAAACCCUGAAUAAAGAAAUGUAUACAGUUUUAUGUGUACUUGGAAACUAUGCUAUAUCUGCGAGCUUGAAGGAGUAGUGUUUAGAAAGGGCAGAAAUGAGAGAUUUACACAUAGGUAGGGUGUAUGCCAAACACAAUGAAUUUCAUUUCAGUGAUUAUUGGCUUUGGUUUGGAUGUCUGAGAAGCAAAUUAAAGGAACACUAUAGUCAUCUAAUUUACUUUAGCUAAAUAAAGCAGUUUUAGUGUAUAGAUCAUUCCCCUGUAAUUUCACUGCUCAGUUCACUGUCAUUUAGGAGUUAAAUCACUUUGUUUCUGUUUAUGCAGCCCUAGCCACACCUCCCCUGGCUAUGAUUGACAGAGCCUGCAUGGAAAAAAAAAUGGUUUCACUUUCAAACAGAUGUAAUUUACCUUAAAUAAUUGUAUCUCAAUCUCUAAAUUGAACUGUAAUCACAUACAGGAGGCUCUUGCAGGGUCUAGCAAGCUAUUAAUAUAGCAGGGGAUAAGACAAUCUUAAUUAAAUAGAACUUACAAUAAAGAAAGCCUAAAUAGGGCUCUCUUUACAGGAAGUGUUUAUGGAAGGCUGUGCAAGUCACAUGCAGGGAGGUGUGACAAGGGUUCAUAAACAAAAGGAUUUAACUCCUAAAUGGCAGAGGAUUGAGCAGUGAGGCUGCACGGGCAUGUUCUAUACACCAAAACUGUCUCAUUAAGCUAAGGUUGUUCAGGUGACUAUAGUGUCCCUUUAAUGUCCUCUACAUUUGAUUCUGAAAUGUGUCACAGAACACUGUGUUUAAGAGAGUAUUAACACUUGUUCCCCUGAUAAAUAUCCUGUUUGCACGUCAAUGAUCUAUUUGAUAUUCCUCAACGUAAAUUCAGUUCUUAAUAAAUAUGUUCCUCUACCUGCCUUCAAUAUGUUUCCCUGCUGACUAUACCAACAUUCUAGGACACAUUCCAUGCAGAGGUGUGAAAGUCCACUUACAAGCACUUACACCAAUAUUAUCGUCUGUAUCCAUGUGUAUAGAUUUAUUACACCAAAAAAAUGAUGCCACAGUUUCAUCAAGAAAAUAGAGCUUACUACUUGACUGCUUUACAAUAUAUUAUUGGAGUGUGUAGCAUAGUGUUUUUUUAACUACUGGUUCAUCAUUUCAUAAUACUCCAGGUGAGUUAAUCAGUAGCUCAGUCCUUUUUAUUGAUGCAUGUCUUAAAUGCUGGCCUGCUGAUGGGUUCAAAAUCUAUUUUUAAGAAUACCAUUGUCGAGAGAGAGGAAUGUGUGCUGCUAAAAGCCAAAAGAAUAUGCAUGAAGAAGAAAACUGAAUAUUGAUUGAGUAUUGGGAUGGGAGCCCUUGGUCAGAAUAGGCAGAAUGAUAAGAAAUAUGUGUACCUUACCUUGGCCCUUGAUUGUUGAUGACCAAUAUUUUAACAGAAUUAUCUGCUAAACUGAAAUUGAAUAAAUAUGGUCUAACACCUGAGGAUCAAGAUUAUGGCACCUGUACUCCAGAAGUAAAAAAAGGCUGGCUUUUUUUCGUGGACUUUCAGGAUUGCUUACUUUUCAUCCAAAUCCGCCGGCGUUUUCUGCGACGCUGAAUGCUCGUGUACCACAGGGUUUUAUGGGCAGCUGAAUUCAGGUCCGAAUGGCGAGUUUGCCAGACCGAAUUCAGUGCACAAAGAUUAUGUAGAGCAGUCUAAUGCAGUUUUCUAUCGCCCAUGAAUCAUAAGAAAGUCAACUAUGAUGUAAGGCAAUAGAAAGUACGUACUGCCUAUAUAUACGUGCUUCUCCCACUCCACUAUCCACGUUGCUCUUUUGGGGUUUUUCCUGUUCCUGGUUGCUGAUUCUGUCUGAUUACACAAUUCUCCUGAGCUCUGGAACCUUUGGCCUUGGCUUGUAGUAACGUUUAUCUGAAUCUCUCCUGUCUUUGGCCUUGGCAUUUUCUCUGAUUCCUCUAAUGUUAGCAUGUGCACUCCAUGGACCGGUAUACGGCUUGUCUAUUUAUUGUGUUAUAGUAUGUAUGUUUUGUCUCCACGCCAUUUACUGCGAUGCUGACAAGGCAUUUGCCUUGGGCGGCACUUAAAGAUGCCUUGCCAGCCUCUUGUCCUGGGGGGCCCAGUUGCUGGCCGGCCACCUUAGGGCCCCGAGGCUGGCAUGCUCUGAUGUUGUCGGCGGCGAGGGAGCACUCUCACCCCCGCAGUGAUGCUGGAGCCGGAAUAUAAGUCACUCCGACCCCGGCAGGCGUGCAAGGGAGCUAAGCAGGAGGAUCAGAGCUUUCUCGCCACCCGCCUCCACCGUUCACCUGUCUGCCAGACCUUCCGACCGCCCGCCAAGCUGAGUUUUGUCAUUCCUAGGGCAGCACAAAACCAGAAUACACCACUGUCCACGCCGAUCCUGACAUGGACAUAGUGGGGUGUAUAUAAUGUCAUCCUUGGCCAAUAUUCUAAAGGUGGAACAUUUGCUAAAGAAACCAACUGAAUGUUCCUGCUGAUAGCACGACUUUCUUCAACUUUGCAGAUUGCAUGUGAUUGUGAAUAAAAAACAUUUCUGAUACAAUCAGAUUUCGACAUUCAAACAACUGAUUUUAUGCCUCUGUUUCUGUGCAUAGUAGGUGUAGAAGAAUGCAGAUGGGUUGUGGUUAGGAGAAUGAGGUCUGUUUGUGUAUGGUGAUCCGUCUGAUGGUGGUGAAGUCAUUGUUGGUGAAACUGUAGUGAAUUAUAUUUAUUGAAUUUGUUUGUGGAAACCAACUUGCUUGUUGUGGUGAUGAGUUCUUGAAUCUAAGAAACCGGAAGGGAAGUAUAGUUAUUUUUUUAAAUUUUUUUUUUUUUUUUUUAAUAAUAGUCAUGCCAGUAGUUUAAAUGCAUGCAUGAAUAAACCAUACCCAGUAUUUAAAGGGACAAUCCGGACCCUUAAGUACUUUAGCUUGCUGUAAUGUUUUGAGUGAAAAGUGUGUCCUUUCUUUUUCCUAUUACAAAAAUUGCAGUUUUCAACAGAUAUUGGCACUUUUAUAAAUGAAAGUGGAGUGUUCCUAUAAGUUAUAUACAUUUUAGUGGUCUUCAUUGCUCUACCCCCAUGUUGCCUUUUAAAAAAAUAUAAAGUGGACAGCUUAUUCACAAAAAGUCUCCAUCUUUCUGUAAUCGCUCGCUUUGAGAUUUCCAGUUUUGUUGACUCAUCACUUACUAAGCACACAACCUCUGGAGUACCAAGGUAUAGAUAUCAUAAAGGGAAUCAACACAGUAAAGGAGGAGACUUUAUUUAAAAGAAGAAAAACUACCACAACACGAGGACAUAGUCUUAAAUUAGAGGGACAAAGGUUUAAAAAUAAUAUCCGUAAGUAUUACUUUACUGAGAGGGUAGUGGAUACAUGGAAUAGCCUUCCAGCUGAAGUGGUAGAGGUUAACACAGUGAGGGAGUUUAAGCAUGCGUGGGAUAGGCAUAAGGCAAUCCUAACUAUAAGAUAAGGCCAGGGACUAAUGAAAGUAUUUAGAAAAUUGGGCAGACUAGAUGGGCCGAAUGGUUCUUAUCUGCCGUCACAUUCUAUGUUUCUAUGCCCUAUGAUCUUUCAGCAAGUGCUUCCAAAGACAGUUUAGGCUAGAGAGAGGGGCACUGAUUAGCAAUGCAUCAUGGGAGCACGUGACCCUGCAUGACCAGAGCGAAGUAAGGACAGGAAAUUUGUGAUGUCAUCCAAUAUAAUGUCUGUUUUGAGCCUGAUCCUGUGGAUAUACAUGUGUACAAAGUUAUACAUCUUCUUCCUGUCUACUUGUAGCGCUCCUCUUUCGCCACCACGCCCCACCCCACUAAACGUAUUCUUUGCUGCAAGAGCAAGCUUAAAAACAGAAGCAGGAAACCCACAGGGAGGGGAAGUACUAACAGACACCUGCAGAUCAUCGUAGAACUAACCGAACAAGUUAAAAUCUCUGCAGCGAUUAAAAACCCCAUGCCUUCCUAGCAGCAAGGUUUUUCCACAAUAAUGACAUGUUUCUUGGGAGAUACCAUUCUUGAAACAUUGAAACAAAGUACAAGUGUGAGGUGUCUUGUUCAGGUGGUCAAAUACUCCUUUUAGCCUGAUAUAAUUUAGAAAUGUCUAUUCACAGGCCAAAGCAAUACAAUGAAAAUGCUUAUAGAAGUUCAUUCAACCCCUCUUUCACUUUUUGAUGUCUAACCUUACUACCUCAACAAACAAGGAUUAAAGGAAAACUCAAAUCACCACAACCACUACAGUGCUUUGUAAUGGUUACGGUAUGCCUCCCAACAAUCAUCAUUGGAGCAAAGGGACGGGAUGGGCUGUCCUGAUGGAGUUGGGGCCAGUGAUGUAGCAUUCGUUCUGUUCAGUCCAGGGAAAGUUCCCAGGUGAUCCAUAUUGGGGGACACUGAGGAACUAAAGGAGAACAGCGGCACAUGACCCUGAAAUCAGGACUGUCCUACCAAAAGCAGGACUGUUGGGAGGCAUGUUGUGGUGCCAGCCAGGCACCACUCCCUACCUUUCUUGUUCUGGUGUGCGCGAAGGAAGUUCCUGCUAGGUAGAAGCUCCCAUUAGUUCUCCUAGGCAAAGCCCUGCCAUUUAGUACCAGCUCGUUGGCUGAGAUUGUCAACUGGUUGCCCUCUGCACCUUCAGGCUUAGCUCAAUGUAGACAGAUGCCGCUACAGAGAGAAAGGGAACAAGCUGUUCCUAUCUACCUACAGCAAACGUUUUUAAAAAUCCUACCGUCCAAGAAAAGCACACUUGUUUUCAAGGUCUAUAACAGCACACAGGAAGCAAAAGAAGACAAGUAAGAUGGGUGUCAAUCUGCAGCACCUUCUAAAAUGUAUCUGAGACGAUUUCUCCUGGCAGCAUUACUGUAUAUGUAAAGUUAUAUCAUUCAGAAAUCUCUGGCUUCGCAGAGCAAAUCCGGUGACAUAAACCAGUUUGCAAAUAGUUAUGAUCCAAGGUAUUGUUUUUAUUUCUGUGGACAAACAGGGCAUUUGGUGAGUUUGUGUUCUGGGUACCUAUCCCUCUUUGCCCCAGCAAUUUUCCCCAAGAGAAUACUUUAAUACAUACUUUAGAUACAGUAUCCAUACAAAUGGGUAUUAUUAUUAUUGCCAUUUAUAUAGCGCCAACAGAUUCCGUAGUGCUUUACAAUAUUAUAAGAGGGGAGAUUUAACUAUAAAUAGGACAAUUACAAGAAAACUUACAGGAACAAUAGGUUGAAGAGGACCCUGCUCAAACAAGCUUACAGUCUAUAGGUACAUUAUAAAAUGUACACAGGACAUUGCAUUCUACCAGAUAGAUACACAUAGGGAUAGAUUAAAUGGCCUAUUAUUAUGACCUUACAAAUUAUCUUAUGAUUGCUUAUAAAAUUGCCAAUGAGCUGUAUAUGCUGGGCAUAUGUAAUUACAUCUGUAUUUGUAAAAAAAUUUAAAUGUUUUGUUUAUAGACGUUUGCUUUGGAUAGCUGUAGAAUAAGUGAUGCUUAGUGACAUCAUUGUGGCAUAAGCUGCCAAACCGUGGUUUUGCAAUGAAUGCAGAUAAUGAUUACUGGAGUUUAGGUAACACUGUCAGGUCCACUGUCCACAGCUGGACCCUUCUGGCUGAUUACUAGAAUCUAAGAUUAUGAAUUGCUGUGUUUGUAUUGUCAACAUCAUUCACUUAAGUCUUAAUUAUUGGGAAUUCAUAAUGAAUUUAAACUUUAAAUUGUCCAAAAAACUAUGACAUAUGCAUAGUCGCCUAAGGAUACUCAGACACCUCAUGUUUGGGAAAAUUAUCACAGCUUUAUUAAUAAAUAAAAUAUAUAAAUUAUUAAAGGUCAUUGUCAACAUAUUUUACAUAACAUAGAAACAUAGAAUGUGACGGCAGAUAGGAACCAUUCGGCCGAUCUAGUCUGCCAAAUUUUCUAAAUACUUUCAUUAGUCCCUGGCCUUAUCUUAUAGCUAGGAUAGCCUUAUGCCUAUCCCAAGCAUGCUUAAACUCCUUUACUGUGUUAAGCUCUACAACUUCAGCUGGAAGGCUAUUCCAUGCAUCCACUACCCUCUCAGUACAGUAAUACUUCCUGAUAUUAAUUUUAAACCUUUGUCCCUCUAAUUUAAGACUAUGUCCUUUUGUUGUGGUAGUUUUUCUUCUUUUAAAUAUGGUCUCCUCCUUUACUGUGUUGAUUCCCUUUAUAUAUUUAAAUGUUUCUAUCAUAUCCCCCCUGUCUCGUCUUUCCUCCAAGCUAUACAUGUUAAGAUCCUUUAACCUUUCCUGGUAAGUUUUAUCCCACAAUCCUCUGAACCCUCUCUAAGGUAUCAAUAACAUCUCAGCACCAACUCUUUUAACAAUUUGACCCUGACAAUGACCCCCAUAACAAACAAUAUUAACAUAUAUUAACAUAAAUAACAUCUAACCACUUAAACCAUUGCCACCGAGGGUAUGAUUUACCAUGUUCCACCAUGUAGGGGUAUACCAAGAUACAUCCUACACACACCAGGUUCGGAGCUACCGACGAGCUUGAACCAACCAAAUUCUAUCCAAACCUAACAGUUCUAAGCAAACUAAUCUAUGCUACAUCUGGACAAACAACCUACACCCCAACUUGUUUAUCCAUCCCCCACCGCUGUGACCAAACGGGAUCCAGAACCUGUCUAAAGGGAGGGAGGGUGGGACAAAACAGGUAAGUGACGAGUAAUUAAGAUGGCCCUUAAUCUAAAAUGGCUGUUAUUUAUAUUCCCAUAAUCUAAAACCCCACCCCCACUUUCUAUAGCCAAACCCCCACAUUGACACCUCCUGUGCCUGUCUCCUAGCCAUGUCAAGGCCCAUUCCACUUAGCUGCGCUGCUCCUUGGGAUACAAACUGACAUGAUCAAAUCAGUCUACUAGUAGAUGAGACAUUUGCAUAAUUAAAUUCACUACAAAAAUUGGGAUCUCUCCUUUUAUUGACCCUUGUUAGCCAUCUACAUUAUAUAUUUUAUGAGGAGUUAAUGGACUUAUUUUACAUUAAUUCCUUUAAAAAAAUAAAAUAAAAAUGUAUUGUUCAAAAGAAGCAAUCACAUACAUUAUCUGAAUAGGUGCUCCAGGAUUGCAUUUCAUUGUAGAGUAGUAUAGCCAUGGCAAGAAUUAACCAUUGCUGAAUAUACAAGAGAUCAAAAAUACAAGAAGUGCAGUGUCUCCCCAGUCGCAAUUUCGAGAUCAUUGUUUUUUUAUAUAUUGUGCCCCUGCGGACAAACAGACAAUUGGAGACAUCACGAUAUCAGUGCAUACAUAUGUGAUACAUGAAGUAUAGCCCAAUGGUAUUCCAGGGGUCUUACCAAAGACAAGGUAAUAUGUAAGGGAUGCCAUAGGGGGUGUUACAGUGUAAACAAAUAGGAACCUGACUUUGCCGCCUGGGGUCUCCAUACAUUAAAACAAGCACAUAAAAAGCUAUAAUUUGGCACGGGAUGUCUGUGUGAAUAUGGCAUGUGGUUAAAGGAAAGAGAUCCAUGGGCUACAAGUGCUUAAAUAUUCUGGGUGGCAAAUGUGCCUAUGCCACAAGCUCCUGAUUUUCGACAGGUCCCUUUGAGGGUUAUAUUGAAGGCGUUUAUAUAGAAUAGAGAAUAGUUUUUUUAAUUACGUUGUGAGAUGAGCAAUAUUGUUAAUAUUUUGUUCCUUAUUGCCGGAAUAAGCUUGGGGUUUUUCCUUUUCUACACAUUUUUUUAUUUCAUAGUUUUAUUCAUAUUUUUGUGUAAUCCUUUUUCUUUGUAUCAUUUUGUUACAUCACAUUCUUGGUGUAUUACCGCAUAGCCAGUGAUUUCCCAACUCUUUGUUUACAACACAAGUCACAAAUCACAAGAAGGCCACAUCAUAAUUUAUAGUCAUCAGCUCACAUUCACGUUGACUCAUGGACUGUGUUUUAAUAAACCUUUCUGAGAUACUCUCAAGAAAAAGUAUUACAAAAAUGUUAGAAUACAAAAGUGAUAUAUGUCUUCUAACCUUUAUUCAUAUAAGGAUGAAAAAAAAAUAUUGUUCAAAGCAUAUGUUUUUCAAAUUCCUUUCACCCAAUAUGUGGUGGAGAGUUUAGCAAUUAUAAUUGCUCACAUUUCUUCGUUACAAUUUGUAAUAUUGAAUUCUGAACUGUCAGUCACAUGGAUCAGUACAGUGGUACACUUUGAAUUUGUCCUGUAAGCCAACAGGAUCGGAAGAAUACACUCUAGUAUAGUGAUGAUCUAUAGCAAGGGUGCCCAAUAGGUAGAUCCCCAGAUGUUUUCAAACUACAACUCCCACGAUUCUUUGCUCGCCUUUAGAAUGGCAAAGCAUCAUGGAAUCUGUAGUUUGAAAACAUCUGGGGAUCUACCUUUUGGGCACCGCUGAUCUAUAGCAUGUAUGGCACAUCUUGCACCUAGAGUCCUCUGAGGUGGCCCUCCAUGUCUGCUUGCAGACACUGAAUACACACAUGAAGAACUUAAGUGAUUCAGUAUCAGGCAGUAAAGUAAUAAGGAGAACUUUACUUGGGUUUAAAAAGAAAAGAUAGGAGAAAGUACAGGACGUACAACUGCUAUGAAAUCUCUAACUUUUGGCAUUUGACCUGACCUGACUUUUUGCAGUGAAGUGGCUUGUAUCUUGACUUUAUGUGCCUCUGUAGACCUGACCUGGCUAGUUUACUCGUUCUCCCGUACUUUUGUUAUCCCUACCUUGACAUGUUAUGCCGUAUCCGAUUUACCUCUUUGUUCGUGUUAGGCGAAGGAAGUUUAUACUUAGCUGAAUCUGUCCGUUGUGUGCGCCAUCAUCCUCUUCUGUCUGGUAAACUUCAGCUCCUGGAGCUUCAGCUCUCGUGUAUGUGCGUCUAAGGGGGAUCCCGCAAGGCCUUCGGGAUCCUACAUAGAAAAUGCUUUUUUUUUUUUUUUUUUCUACAGCCGUCAUUGGUGACAGCGGGGGGGGGAAUGACAAGCUUGACAAUAGGUAACUCUUAAAAAGUUAUAGUUUAGAUUUGUUUUGAUAUGCUUUUAAAAUACGUUUUAGUUGAAAUGGAAUAUACUCAGAUUUCUUUAAAAAAUAAAAAACCUAAAUAAAACUUUCCAGUGGAGUUUUGUGUAUUUCUCCAUCAAAAUCUUCAUACAUCUAAAAAUGCAGAGGUCCAGUGUACGUCACUGACUUUCAGUUACUAUUAUUUUAUUAUUUAUAUAGCGCCAGCAAAUUCCGUAGCGCUGUACAAUGUUCAAAGACAAUAAUAAUAUACAGAAGUAAUCAACAUUUAAAUAGGAAAAAAAAUGUUUAUACGACUUUAGUUCAUUUUAUUCUAGUCUAUUGUGUUUAUUUCAAAAUCGAUGACAAAUUCACUAAAAUGCGAAAAAUCAGCUAAACAGACAGACUUCUUGGUGUCAAAACAGGGACAGUUGAAUUCACACCAGUCACUUCCUUUUCGUCUGAUUACUCCAUAUCUUUCGCAAACGUGUGCACACACACAGAUCACAUCAUGCUGUCUAUGAUAAGAACACAAAAGAUGUUGCAAUCUUAUCAGAGGUCUUGGAGAAUUAUAUAUAAUAUAGAUAUCUGGGUCCUGUCAACUUGUUGUUUAUUGUAAAUAUAACUUUUGUAUUAACAGAUCAAAAGAGUUAAUUGUGUGCUCUGUAGAAAUUUCAGAUUACUAUCCAUGCCUAGCUGAUAUCACAGUUGUAUUUUAACCUAGAAAUUCAACUCUUCGUCUUCCAGCCCUCCAGAGCCUUUAUUUCUGUCUGCACAAAGUUUGUCUGAAGGGCAUGUCAAAUUGUCCUCUCUGUGUCCCUUUUUAGGUCUCUGUGGCUUCUAUUGAAUGAGCUUUGGUUAGCAUGGUUUUUAAGUAAAAAAUACUGGCUAUCUUUGUAUACAUCGAGCUUGUAGGAAUAAAACAAGAGCGUUUUAAUGCUUUUUUUAGAAGCAGGAUACAAGAUACAGAUAAGUCAUGGGUAUAUGAUCCAGACUCAGUAAUUAACAGUAGGUCAACAAUUUCUAUUCCAAUUUUUAUCUAUAUAUAAUUUAUAACAAUAUAUAGAAAAACGGAAGAAAAAAAAGCAACGGUGUAGGUGAGUCCAUUUCUUAAAGCAAAUCCGAAUAGGGGAUAAAAGUAUACAAUAAUCUUAAUUAUGGUUUGAACUUCAUUUUUUAAGUGUAGCUUUUUAAAAGUAAAGUUUACAUGGUAAUUUUUUUUACUAUCAAAUAUGUUUUCUCAACGUUAGAUUCAAAUUCAAGUAUGUAUUCCUAAUUUAGAUUCAGACCCCCAGUAUCUAUAAAAUAAGUAGCUUAUACUAAUUUUUUGGCCCACAUUACCCUGCUCUUUUUGCAGCUACUGCUCUUCCCCAAAAUUAGUGAUUGUGAACUCAGCUAAUCCAAUUUUCUGCGAUAUGGGGGCAGAGUAGAAGACACCGAACAUUGGUCCUGAGACAGCCACUAUAAUUGUUCUUAUGGACAAAUGUAAACAGUGCCUUUUCUCAGAAAAGACAGUGUUUAAAAUUAUUGGGCUGCAGGGAUGAGCCCAUUGCACCAGGACUACUAUAUUCAGCUGUAGUGUUUCUGUUGUUUAGAGUGUCACUUGGCUACGCAGACUGUAUGGCACCACCCAGGUUAGUUUUUUUCUUCUCGUAUUUGAAAUCUCUAAUUUUGUACAUCUAAUGUGUCAUUUAGUUCUGUCCUGCAACUGUUUCUCAAUCCUUUAUUCAAUUUUCUUUUAGAAAACCAUGAACCUUCCUCCAGAUAAGAUAAAUGUUCUCCGUCAGUACGACCAAGACAAGAAAUGGGAACUGGUGUGUGAUCAGGUAAGAACCUACUGCCGAGUGAUGAAUUGGGACAUUUUCUUAUAGAGAGGUUGGUCAAGUUAAGGGGCCUUUUAUCGGGGACAUACACAUCAUUUCUGAACAUGAGGUUGUAUUAAAUUAGUGUUAAAAUUGGUUAAAUUUAAAAAAUUAUACAAAAGGCAAAAGAGGAGCAGGAAAAAGUAGGAUUAUGAUAAAAUAUCCUGAAGAGUGGGUUUCCCUACUAGUUUUGGAGAAGGGGAAAAUAAACCAAAAAAAGGAGGGGCGGGAGGGACGGGGGAAAGUGUAUAACAAAACAAGUGAAACCUCAAUAAAUGUAUUAAAACGUAACUUUUAAUAGAAACAAAUAUAAAUGAGGUGAAAAAACCUUGCAGGUGAAAAGUUACAAAUAUGCGUGGGUGGAGGGAGCCACCCACCAGGUCUGUCUGAGACUAGUAACAAGAUAUCCUAAUUGACUGUCAAUGCAAAAGCCCACCAAGAUACAAAACAGCAGUCUCAAUAAGUUGGAUUUUAACUUAAAGGAGCACUAUAGGGUCAGGAACACAAACAUGUAUUCCUGACCCUAUAGGGUUAAAACACCAUCUAGCCCCCCUGUCCCACUCAUGCCUCCCUAAAUAUAGUAAAAUCUUAUUUGUAUGGGUCACAUAGCAUAACCCGUUUUUAGCAUUUGAUAUCGUGCCAUGGGUUGCAAAGUGUACAGGGACAUGAACUAAUUAAAGAAGCUUUCUCCAGUACUAAGUAUGUACAGGAAAUUGUUAACCUGUUCGUGAAAUAAUGGUUUAAAUCACGUGAAUGUGGGGGUUAUUGUCUAAGUAGUGAGUCUGGUGACCUAGCCUGGAGCGAGUAGCAAUGGGUAAUUAGAUUGCUAAGAUUUAAGCAUAUAUAAGUCACUGUUGGUGCAGAGACAUGUGGAUAGCGCCGGUGUGUUCCCCUGAGGCGCAUUUCGCCGCCCUGGCUCAUCUGAUAAGCCAGAGCGGCGAAACGCGCAUCAGGGGAACACACCUAUUGCUACUUGCUCCAGGCUAGGUUAACAGCCGCCGCAGCAAUAAUCGCGGCUCAGCCUGGAUGAGUGGGUUUGAAAACUCUGACACAUAACAUUGUGUGAACAUGCUGCUUAUAACCUGAGCGCUCUCACGAAGCAGCAGUUGAGUGUUAAAAACACUUGGACCUCCACGAUAGCUUUCCUUUGCAGGGUUUUGGUGGGAGGUACUCUUUUCCAGAGUGUGAGGGCUUAGUCAGGCUUUUAUUAAUGGGUGUUCCCCUCGAAGGCACUAGUGCAUAGGGCAGCACUGGAUAUAGGACAUGGGAAUUCCAUCGUAGUCCUUCCUCUACACACCGGCUGAGCUAUUGUGUAACAUUUUUCAGGCAGUAUAUAUACUAUAACUCCCCCUAUCACUAUACAACGUUUACCGACUAUAAUGUACUUAGAUGCAUAGUCGGAAACUAGACAUACAUUCUCUAUAUGUAUCUAAGGGCUCCUGCUAGGGAACUGCAUUGUAACUGCACUAUAUCCGCUACCCUGCCCAGACCUUCCUCUCUACUAUUAAAUUAGCGGACACAGUACCUAUGUAUGGUUAAGAUUGCCCUCUCAACCGCAACAAGUAAACUUUGUCUUUCACAGUCACUAUUCAUCAUCAUUGUGACUCACUACUUAGACAAUAACCCCCAUAUUCACGUGAUCUAAACCGUUAUUUCACGAACAGGUUAACAAUUUCCUGUACAUACUUAGUACUGGAGCAAGCAUCUUUAAUUAGUUCAUGUCCCUGUACACUUUGCAACCCUGGCACGAUAUCAAAUGCUAAAAACAGGUUAUGCUAUGUGACCCAUUUGCAUAUAUGAUUAAAUAUAUAUAUAUUGUAGCCAGCUGAGACUCUGCUUUAAUUCCUAGUCUCAGAAAGACUUGGUGGGUGACUCCCUACACCCACGCAUAUUUUUAACUUUUCGUCUCCAAGGUUUUUUUCACCUCAUUUAUAUUUGUUUCUAUUAAAAGUUAAGUUUUAAUACAUUUAUUGAGGUUGCACUUGUUUAGUUAUAUACACUUUCCCCCGUCCCCCUAUUUUUUCAGUUUAUUUUCCCCUUCUCCGAAACUAGUAGGGAAACCCAAUCUUCAGGAUAUUUUAUCAUAAUCCUACUUUAUCCUGCUCCCCCUUUGCCUUUAUAUAUCUUUGGUGAAAUUAUUUUCACUAGGGGUUAACCCCCAUUCAGGAGACAAUAAUCUAUUUGGCGCCAUUCUCGCUUUGAAGAUUUAAAAAUUAUAACACACCUUGAGGAUAAAAAAACAAGUUAUGCUCUUUUGUUUCCCCCCCAAAAGGCAAUGAGUAUUGUAUUACUUAAACAAGCACGCUUUAGACUCUAAAAGGAACUCCUAUCUCACUUGUUGUCCAAUCCACUACCACCCAUGGUGGAAAUGUUAUGGGGUGAGAUUUAUCAAGACAAAACUGAAUGAUUUCAGAACACAUUUUAUUGGUUUACAUGACGAUUGAUCCUUAUUUAGCCCUUUGACCCAGAAUAGGACCUGCUUUCUCUUUAAUAAAUCUACCCCGAUCUCUUCAACAUUAUAAUAAGUUGGGUAGUUGAAUUUAAACAUGUGGUGGGUAGUAAGCAGGUAGGCAAGACUGAGUGGCUUGCGUGGGACCCGGAGAGUGUGAACAAGAAUAGGGGAGGCUACAUUCUAGGGGUGGCCACCAGUGUAAUUAUAUGACAUUUAUCUCAGAGUCCAGUCAAUCUUUUAAGCAUGACUUUUCCUCAGCUGUACGUAAUGGCUCUAAUUCAAACCAUUGCUAAUCAUUGGUGCAAUAAUCUGUCACGUAAUAAAAUUAUAAGUGAAACUUGUUGGGCUUAGGAUCGGGUUAGCCCACUGUACAUCUAUGAUUGCUGUUUGUAAAACGUUGACACCUCAAACCUUUAUUCUUCUUAGGAGCGAUUUCAAGUUAAAAACCCGCCGGAAACAUAUAUACAGAAGUUGAGGACCUACGUAGAUACAGGAGGGAUCAGUCGAAAGGUAAUUCCCUGUAUACAUUAUUCAAGUAUACAAGUAUUCAUAUUCACAAAAACUCCUGCUACAAUACAUGUCAAGGUAUACAUUUCAAUGUGUGCUGUUUUGUAUUUCAAAUGUUAGUCCAACAUAGCCAAAGUGGAAAAAUUCCACAAAACCAGCUGUUUAUAGAAGGCCAUUUUAGCCUAAUGUUUAAAAUGUAAGAUAAAUUUACUAUCAAUUACCCACAAUUCCCAUUUUAGUAGGUAGCCUUGCAUGUCACUAACAGACGACUGAAAUACUAAACAAAAGUUUUAGAUAACUCACGAAUGCAAUUCAAGCAGUAGGGCAGAAACCAGUCAGUAUUGUUAUUUAUAAAGUGCCAACAAAUUCCAUAUAGCUGUGCAAUAGGUGGACUUACAUGUAUUUUCAACAAGACGAAUUGGACCCACAGCUCAAAUGAGCUUACAUUCUAACGAAAUCUACAAGUAUCUAUAGAGUUCAUCCUUAAAAACUGAACAGAGGUUUUAAAAGAAACCUCUUGCAAUUCCAUGCCUUGAGACACGUUCCGGUGGUGGCAAUAUAUUUGGCAUAACAUAUAUUGUGGCGAACGUGACCUCGCAACGGAGCCUGCUUGCCAGCCUCCUACCCACAGACUAUGCAGGGGAACCUGUAAAAGACAGUUUAAAAGUCUUGGUUCAUGUAAUUUCCCUAUGCUGUUUGUGAACCGAACAACUGCACGAACCAGAGACCACCCAUGUGCUUCUUAAGCUCAAUUGGCACCUGGUAACGAUUUCCACCUCAGUGUUCUACUUGGUCGUCUGGGUGGCCGCAGUUGGUAUUAAUGACCAGGAGGUGACAACCAUCUUGUUCCCGCGAACACAGGCAACGGUGUUUGGACGUUGAGCUCAUGGAACUAAAAUCGGACACUGAACCACCCAAACACCGCUGGACUUCCAUCAUCGCCUGCGUUCGUUUCUAUACAACCUGGAGGGGCACUGUUUGGUGGAUUCUUUCACAUGGAUUAGAUGAACAAGCUGCACAUUGUAAUUAUGGAUUAUGCUCGGUAUUUUAUUCGUUAUUAUGUUACCAAAGUUGAACGACUGUUAGCACUGAUUUCAUGGAACUAUUUUGGGCUUAAGCCACAUGUGCGGUCGGUCAAAAAAAGGACUUCCAUGGAAAACCCGAACCCCUGAACUGAUCUGGGUGAUUUUUGGAUAUGUUGGUCACCCAGAUCGGGGCUAUCAGGGGAUGUGACUUUUGUGGGGUUUUCAUGUAUUUUAUGUGUAUUUUGGGGUGUUUUAUAAAUUGUUAUAUUUUCUUUCCCUGAGAGAUAAUUAAACUAUAAGUGUUUGCUCAGGUAAUUAUCUCACAGGCACAGAGGAUCCUGGGAGGGAUUUCCCUGUAAUUUUGUAUUGGAAACCCCUUGCAGGUGCUUUUGCAUAAAAUGCCGUGAGUGGCCUCCAAUAAACCAGACUACUCCCAGCAUUAAGCCUUGGCCUUAUGUGUGGGGGGAACAGCUAUACUGCAAUAAUCACUGCUAUACCUGCUAUACGCUUUUGGAGGAGAGGUCUUCCCACUGGGAGCUGGAUCCGGGUGUUGGUCCAGGGUGGGAAAGGACGGCGAGACCCCAGCCAAGCUGCAGCGGUGAAGGGGGGGCUACAGUGCUUAUUGUAUCCGGUACGGUGAUUAUGGUACUCAGCGACUACUAGGAAGCACUAUUGGUGGUGGUACCCAGUCGGGGUACCAGGUAGUCCGCCACAUAUAUGUUUCACAGUAAUGAAAAAAAGAAAUUCAUUGCCAAUGUAUUUUACCGUAGGCCACCUUCUCAAAGCAGAGGGAAGACUCAAACAGACUGUUUUACUAUCCAGCAAUACAAAAGUUUUCAUGCAGAGGUAGGCAACCUCUGACUCUCUAAAGAUUGUUUACUUCAACUCCAAACAUUCUUAACCCUUCAUAGAUUACUAAAACAUAACCCUGUGUGUUUGCUCCAUUAAAUGGUACUCUUUUAUUAUAGGAAUUAUUGUACCGACAAUGGUUCUAUGUAAACUACAUAAUUUGCACAGACUUACACUGAUCACACACAACCACAUACAUAAAAAAAAGAAAAUUACAUAAACUGUUUAUAAACCUUCUUUGGUUUUGUAUUGGGAGAAAUAUGAACGAUGAGUAGUGGAGUUACAUCGACAUAUAUCACUGGGUGACGGAACUCACCUCUUUCAACUUGAACUGGCCGUGAAGUGGUGAAUAUGUUAUCUGCUAAUGCUGAGUUAUUGUUCAUUUUAGUUCAAGAGACAGACGCAAGAGUCCACUCAGGUCCUUCGAGAGCUGGAGACCUCACUUCGGACAAAUCAUAUCGGGUAAGGCUGCCAUUAAAUUAAGUAUAUCAUUAAGAAUGCCCUUUUCAACUCGAGUUAAAGCAUCAACACACAGAAGGUCACUCUGAAACAUAUGUUAAAGUUAAAGUUAACAAAGUUAAAGUAAAAUGGCUGCUCAGGGAUAUAGCAUCCAUCUACCAACUUCAACAUGUGACAUGGUGACAAAAAAUGGCUGCUGUGGAACAUACCCCCCAACAUUACAAAUGGUCAAAGAGGGGCAUUUUAAUUUAGUGGUGUGAGUCGGGGUGUGGUCAGGGGUUGGCUGUACUGAUAUUUUGUCUAAAGUAGCUCUGAUAAGUUGGUUGUUUUUUUUAACACAUUUUUCCCUAUAAUACUUUCAUUUUAAAGGUGGGUGGAAGAGUUUCUGAGCAAGGAAGUCGGUGGCCUUGAUGUGCUGGUGGAUUAUCUUGCCUUCGCACAAUGUUCCUUCACGCAAGUAUUGCCCAGGUUAUUGUGUGAUCUGUACAUAUAUGUUUAUCUUAGGGCACUAACCCUGUCUAGUAUGGCUUUGAGACAUCUCUUUUCACACUUUUCACACAAAAUAACUGAGUAAUUGCGAACUCAACUAGCAGAAGAGAUGACUAUACAGAAGCACAACAUGUGGAUGGACCUGUAACUAAAUACACUCCAACAUAAAAUGUACGAAGAGCCUAUGACUAAGGCUAUAACAUAUAUGGAGUUUGUAACCUCCUCUUGUAAUAUUUUAUUUUUUAUUUAUAUGAUUUACCACUUUACCUUCCUGAAAGUCUGCACUAGGUAACUAGUUUCACACCAAGAGCGACUGAUAUUUAUCUGUCAUUUCCCCUCAAGAACACUAUCUGAGUCAGAAAGCUGCUGAAAAUAAGGUAGAAGCUGUUGAGAUAAAAGAGGAAAUGGCAAUGGUUUUAACAUACAUGAAGUGCUUUUAUUUUAGACAUAGUUUCACUUUAAGUGUACUGUAAGGGAUGUUUGUGGGUGGUGCAUCAACAUAACAACUAGAAUUAUUUGUAGACCUUCUUAACAUGCAUUAUUUAAAGGAAAACGAUCGCAUUAGGAAUACAAACACUAUAGGUUCCUUCUAACUAUUUAGAUUAUUGGCCCCUCUGCAAGGGUUAAAAAUAGCCUUUUACUUAAGUUAUAUACUGCGACGCACUUCUGUCUGUGGACCAGUCCUUCCUGCUUGGCUGACAUUACCAGUCUUGAAAAUUUCAGCCAAUCCUAUGCUUUCCUAUAUGAACGCAUUGGGAGGCUAGUGCGCAUGCACGGAAAAAUUCCAUUCUGCACUAAUCUGCACCUUGACGUGGGUUCUUGCAAUGCAUCUCUAUGAGUAGCAUUCAGCGUCUGUAUGCAGAGAGAUGCUGAAGUAGGUCCUGCAAACAUUACAGGACAUAAACCAGGAAGCAUCUGGGUCAUAAUGUUACUAGGCAGUAAUAUAAACACAGCCAUUAGGUUUCAGUGAUUCUGGUGACCAUAACAAGAAAAAAUCCUAUAAUUUCUAACUACAUUGUCCUUUUUAUACGAUCAUCAUUCGUGCAACCUUGUCUUGUCUCUGACACUCUCAAAAAAGUCUCCCAUCCCAAUAUCUGCAUUUUCCUCCAUCUGUCAUUGUCUACUUCUUUCUUCCUCCUUAGCGUCCUUGUUCUCUGUGACUUUCUAUCCACUGCUUCCUUCUCUUCCAAUAUCCUUCCACCAUCUAUGCGUAUUUCUGCUCUAGGAAUGAUGCAGAAGGCUCGGAGAAUGGAACAGUUGAGAGAAAAAAAGUUUUGCAUAGAUCCUUGGAGGACAUCCGCAAGUCUUCUGCCUCUUCAAGUCCCUCAAGUACCCCCUCCCGUUUACGGAACCUGACCACCAGGUAAAUUUGUCUACCAAUAAGCUGAUGAUUUAUUACAGAUACCCUGUUAGCAGUACUGUAUUCCAUGCAUUACCUAGCCUUGGUAAUAUCAGACCCUCAUAUAUGAUGGUUAACUAUUAUAUUUCCCAGGUACAUCAUUUUAAUUCUCAAUGUUUAAAUACUGCUUAUUCUAUAAGUAUCCCUAAUCCUCAAAAUACCUAUCAUCAUAUUCCAUAAAUGAUUUCAACUAGCCUGUGAGGUUCCUUAUCCAAUAUACCUAAUGCCACCCAUUACUGGAUUUCCCAAGCAAGGAAUCUUAUUCACUACUAGACUAUUGAUUUCAAAACUACAAUGCUUGGUCCAACCCAGUACUAUAGGCUCCUAUUCCAUUGUAUUUAUCCUGAGCAGACAUACUAAUAUAGCAACAUCUUAAGUACAUACAAUGAUAGAGGUCACUGACUUUCUGCCUUAAUAGAUUCGUACAUGGCCGGGCAACACUGAAGAACUCCAAACAUUUCAACGCAAAGGAUGAUGUCCACAUUUGUAUCAUGUGUCUCCGGGCAAUCAUGAACUACCAGGUAUGUGGCGAAAGUAGCUCUGAAUAUAAUGUGUACUGUGUUUGUCUGGAAGUAUUAGUCAUAAAUUAGUAGUCUAAAAUUUAAAUUAUUAUAUAUCAAUUUACUGAAGUAUUAAGUGUUGUCUUCUAAUUUAUCUUCUAAAAGCUAUAAUUCUGUGUGAUGCUUUACUUGUGUGGAGGUGGUGAACUUAUAUAAAUAUAUUUCUCCUUAUGUUCAGAUGUCAGUUUAAGCCUGAUGAUCACUUAGUGUUCUACAGCCAGUGGAAAAUUGAAUUGGUCUAUCCCUAACUCAUCUUCAAAUCAGUUUUGAGCCAACACCAAUCACUUCUGUUCUUCAGCUAGUGAAAUUUUUCUUUGGUCAAUCCACAUUUCUCCCUACAGUCCUGAUUCAGUAUGAUUAUCCAUUUUGUUCUCAAAGUAGAACACAAACGUGUUCUAAAGCUAGUAAGCCAUUCCGAUGACCAUUCUUUCUGCCUCUCCCUACUGCCAUGUCCUGUUCAAUAUACAACCUAUUUUAUAGAGAACAUGGAAAUUUUCAGCAUUUUUUCUUUUUGCCUCUGAUGACACACAGGGCUCAGUACAAUUGUUUUGAGAAUAGCUAGAUUAUUUCAGUGUUCUUUCGUUUUCUUUCUUUGCAGUCGGGAUUCAGCAUGGUCAUGUCUCAUCCCUCCUGUGUUAACCAAAUCACCCUGAGCCUCAGCAUUAAAAACGCCCGGUGAGUAACCAAGUAUUUCAGAUAUGGGAAAUCUAGUGAGAUUGAUAGGUGACUCUUUGCAUAUGCAGAAAGGACAAACAAUCUGCAAUCUCUCACGUUUUCACCAUUUCUUCCCGCCAUCAUACUAAAGCUUUAUUCUGGUUGCUUCUCCUUUUUCGUCAUUCUCGUAAAUCUUCCACUUAUGUUGACUUUUUUCAUCUCUCUAUUUACAUCAUUCGUCCAAUAAUGCUUACUUUCAUCUCUCUUCCCCUUGAUCUUCUCUGUUUCUAAAACACUCUUCAUCUUGCAUCUCUCUCUAACUCCACACAUUACCUCUCACCAUCUCAUUCUCCACCCUUCUUUUUCUUGGCCUCCAUGUCUCAACCAGGACAAAAGCCCUUGUCUUGGAACUUCUUGCAGCUGUUUGUCUGGUUCGAGGUGGACAUGAACUAAUUCUCUCAGCUUUCAACUAUUUCAAGGAGGUGAGAACACAAGUAAAACUUAAAUAUUUCUAAUGGUUGUACGCUUGGUUAUCAUUUUGCUUAUCAAAUUUGCUUAUCAUUGUUGUCCUAGUUUGGAUGGAAUUGCACUUGAUAAUGUAGAACUGUAAUUUCCUCAUUCUCAAUGAAGCUAAACAGGGGACUGGAUAUAGGUGCCAUGGAGAGCCCCAGUUCUCCAUGAAAUGCUUCAAAGCACCAUAAUCACUGUAUUGAGCCUUAGAACUAGAAUGAUCCUUUAAAGCAGCAUUGUCAUGGCGAAUCCUGUUUUUUUUAACCCACCCCUCCCGACUCCACUACAUCUAAUUCUCCCCCUAGUUACCACCAAAUGCCCCUAAGCCCCCCAUAUUACCUAUUUUUGCAUAACACUGUGAUUGGUUGAUUGAAAGCAACCAGAGUGUUGCUAUGAGUCAAAUUACACAGCAUGGGAAAAUUCCAAAGAACUUUCCCACGCUGUGUAAAAUGACACAGAGCACUAUGAUUGGUUGGAUUUUAAGCCAAUCAAUCAGAGUGCUGUGACAGGUAAAUGUAGAAACUUACCUGUUAGUCUCUUCAUUUACCUGUCAUAGCACUAUGAUUGGUUGGCUUAAACCAACCAAUCAGAGUGCUCUAAGCCUAAUUACAGGGCGUAGAAAGGCUUUAUAAGCCUUUCCCCGCCCUGGGGAGCUCAGUCUGCACCGUGCCCUCCAUGGGUGAAGAUGGAUUACUUUUCUAGCAUCAGGGGUUUUUUUCGGCUGAAUUUUUUUUUUGCGCUCAGGUUUUUUCUUUUAUUUUCAAAGUUCAACGGGUGUUAUGGAUUUUUAUUUGCCCUUUUUGGGGGCUAAAAAAAGAUUUUAGAAAAAAGAAGACAUCAAAUGGUAAGUUAUUUUUUAUUUACAGGGAUUUAGUUUUAUUGUUUCCCCCUCACUAUUUUUUGGGUGGAGGGGUGACUAGGGGACCCCUAGUCACCUGGGGGGGUAUUUACACUUAGUCCCUACCCGUCGCCCAUGGGUGGGGGCCCGGGGGAGAGGACAAUAGGUCUCCCCCACAUUUUCAUUUAGGGCCCCCACCCGUCACUCAGGGGUGGGGGCCGAGGGGAGGGCAAUAGGUUGUCCCCCUUAUUAUUAUUAUUAUUAUUAUUAUUAUUAUUUAGGGCCCCCACCCAAUCCAACCCCCAACAAAGUCCCGAAAUUGCGUCCUAACAUGAAUGAACAAACUGUUCUCAUUCUGUUAGAACGCAAUUCGGCAGUUUCGCCGGCGUUCUGUCUACGUGACAGGACGUUCGGGAAUACUGACAGGAAGCAACUAACUGGAUACAGCCAAACAAGGUACACUAGGAGCAGGGGGUAACCCCUAGUAGAAAUGAACAAGAAACUAGAGAGUAGGGUACCAAGAAAGUAUUGGGAGGAAGCAACUACUGCCAGUGCUACAUAAUAACCAAAAAUUAUAUAAGAAGCACGAGUUAAAAAGACCAAAGGUCAAAAGACAAAAAAUAGUUUAUUAGAUUCUAAAUAAUAUACAGAGUGAGAAAACCAAAAAAGAAAUAAACAAAAUAUUGUUAUAAUACAUAUAUCAGUGAGACACAAUACUGAGUUAUUUAAGAUACAUGUAUCAACAAGCCUCAAUAUAAUGGAAUGUAUCAAUAAGUCUCAGAGUAAUUCGAUAAAUGUAUCAAGAGAUCAAUCUAAUGAGGCAGUGUGAUAAUCUGCAAAGUUAACUCUAACGUCCUAAAAAUAUAAGAGUAAUGAAGUAGCAGCACACGUCUGUGCUAAUGGGAAGACAUUAGCUAAUGAUAGCCAUAAUAGUAAUAGUGGAGUAGAUGGAGAGCAGAAGAAUUAUCGGGGUAGCAUGUAGUGCAAACAUUUUAUUGCUAGAUACUGCCAAGAGUCGAAAAGAAUUACCUCUACUAGGAGCUAAAAUGACGAUGUAGAGACUAUAGGUCUAGGCAUAUAAUUAUGACAAGUAAAAUCAAUCCUGCUAAAUAUGACCGUAUAAGCUACGAGCGUAUGAAUAUUUGUAGCUCGUAAAAACUGUCAAUGGUUAUCGGUGUAUAGACUGCCGGUCCUAGCAUGAAGUUGUUAAAUGUGAUACCUAUCGGUAUAUAGUAAUUGACAUAUAAGUAAUAGAUAUUAAACUAAGCCAAAUACUAUAGAAGCUACUGAAAUAAUAAUUACGGCAUUUGAUGGUCUGUGCCGUAAUAAUUAGCGAUGCUGAUGGUAAGCGGUCUACUGGCGUACUGAAAUUCUAAUAGAAAAGGCUUAAUUAGAAAAUGGCAGGUACAGGCUAUACUCAGCUGAUAAGACCUGUAGCCUACACCAGAGAAUAUAACGGUGGGAGAGAUAAUAGUAAGAAAGAUAAUAUGAGAAGAAUAGAAAAUGCUAAUUAUGAUAAAUUCCACACUAACAGCUUGCCCUCGUGCCUUCAAGGGCACCUAAGUGUUCCCAAGCAAAUGCAGUCUUAGUAAAUGGUUACGAUAGUAUAGAGAAACAUAGAAUGUGACGGCGGAUAAGAACCAUUCGGCCCAUCUAGUCCGCCCAAUUUUCUAAAUACUUUCAUUAGUCCCUGGCCUUAUUUUAUAGUUAGGAUAGCCUUAUGCCUAUCCCACGCAUGCUUAAACGUCUUUACUGUGUUAACCUCUACCACUUCAGUUGGAAGGCUAUUCCAUGCAUCCACUACCCUCUCAGUAAAGUAAUACUUCCUGAUAUUAUUUUUAAACCUUUGUCCCUCUAAUUUAAGACUAUGUCCUCUUGUUGUGGUAGUUUUUCUUCUUUUAAAUAUAGUCUCCUCCUUUACUGUGUUGAUUCCCUUUAUGUAUUUAAAUGUUUCUAUCAUAUCCCCCCUGUCUCGUCUUUCCUCCAAGCUGUACAUGUUAAGAUCCUUUAACCUUUCCUGGUAAGUUUUAUCCCGCAAUCCAUGAACCAGUUUAGUAGCCCUUCUCUGAACCCUCUCUAAGGUAUCAAUAUCCUUCUGAAGAUACGGUCUCCAGUACUGUGUACAAUACUCCAAGUGAGGUCUCACCAGUGUUCUGUACAAUGGCAUGAGCACUUCCCUCUUUCUACUGCUAAUACCUCUCCCUAUACAACCAAGCAUUCUGCUGGCAUUUCCUGCUGCACUAUUACAUUGUCUGCCUACCUUUAAGUCAUCAGAAAUAAUCACCCCUAAAUCCCUUUCCUCAUAUGUUGAGGUUAGGACUCUAUCAAAUAUUCUGUACUCUGCCCUUGGGAGGGUACUAAAAAACAACUAAAUACACUUAGCACUAUCAACUCUCCCCCCGUGCCUUCAAGGGCACCUAAGUCUUCCCAUGAUAUAAUAUAAUCUAAAUAGAAAAGAGGACAGGUAGAGUUACUGUCAUUCUCUGAUAAGAGACAGUAUGUACGAAGCCCCUUACUGACAGGAAGCAUCGCGAGAGGAAAGGUGAGAAUUGUGGGAAUAUUGCUUUGACCACAGGAAACGGAGCACACUUUGUUCCUCUGCUGGUCAAAGCUGGUCAAGCGUAGGGAACCUCCAUAAGACAAAUAGUCCCUACUUUUUCCUAUGUUUUAAAGAAAACUAGAGCAGAAAAGAAGAAAUGAAGAACAGAUCCUGAGAGAGGGAGAGAAGAUGAAUAAAUUAAAGAAAUGUAAGGUCACUAUAGGUAACUGCCCAUAAUGUUUUAUGAAAAAACAACAACAUAUUUUCUGUUUUUGGGUACAGUCAAUUUCUUGUGACUGUACUUAAAUAGUGCAGUUUCCUCCAAAGCCACAAGCUUCCUACCACACUCUUCAUGUACUGGAAUCAUCUAACAUAAUUUUUAAAUAUAGUAGCAUGCAAGUAGCUACAAUAAAACACACCCAAACAAGUUCAAUGUAAGUAAAUGCUGGUAUUUGCUUCUCACACAUUUCACCGCUAUAAGCUCAGCAUUAUGUAGAGAGGCAACGCUGAGAGAGAGGGGAGAAAAAAACACAACUGACUGUCUCAUUUGAAAUCAUAUGACUGCUGAUUGGUUCUUUGGUGAAUCAAAAUACAGCUGGAAUUCCAAUGAUGGUCAGUGACCAGAAAAUAGUAACACAAGGACACUUGGCAGCCCCCCUACUUGCUAUAAAUUACAGUCUUGCAGGGACAGUGAAAAACUGCUUAAAGGUCAGCUGUCAUGCCCCAAAGAACUUAUGCUCAUCAGACUGAGCAUAAGGUUCUAUCUAUGGUGCUAACAGUGUUGCUAGUAAAUAUACAGAUUAGGGGAAAAACCUAAGUCUAGGUGCUGAGGCAUAGACUGACAAGACAGAGCAGAAAUUAUCUCCUAUAAGAGAUCCAUGUGCUCUGCUCUGAUAGUAACCAUAGUGCAUGUGCUGUGGUUGAUAUGGAAACUUCCUAGCCGGAGCUAAUAUAGGCACGGAUUGACGUGACAUCACUUUGUUCGGACGCUGGCAACUGACAAGAUUUGACAAGACGGAGCAGAAGAUGGCCAGGACAUGGGUGUUACACGAAGGGGGUUGAGGAUGCCUAUCCACCAGGGGAGGGAGAUCAUGCUAUUAUUUGAGGGGAUGGAAAAUGGCAUAGUUACCCCUUAUUUUAUAAUGAACAUGGCAUUGGUUAAGGCAAAACAGUUGCUAUUUUGGGACAAAGUGCUAAAUUAAUAGCAAUCACCAUGGAAACAAACAGAAUGUCUCUCAACAUUUAGCACUUUGCACCCCAAAUAAUAUUUUUUUUACCUUGAAAAAUGAUUCCUGUAAUUAGAAUUUUUUUUAUAUUAUAAUCCUAUAAUAUUGUUUUACCACUAUAAAUUUAAUGCAGGUUAGUGCCAAGUUCUCGUUGUGUAAGCCUGCAUAGUGGUAUGAGUUGUACCUUUGUGUCUCACUGUACCCAUUACAGAGUUUUGCAUCAACCAAAACUACUGACAUCAUGUAGAGCAAGGUACAGUCUGGCUGGGAAUAAUAGUGGUCACUUUCCAUCUGUCCUAACUAUAACUCCGUUAACCUUAAAGCGACAGAUUUGCUCUAUAUAGUUGUCACACCUCUUGUAUGUUUCUAUACUAUUAUCUCAAGAUUCGCAUGAAAAGUUAAAGUAUGGAAUAAUAAUACAUUUUAUCCCCCCAAUUUCUGUAAAUGAUAAACACAUACAAUUUUUUAUACCGUUGAUACCGUUUAUACCGUGUGUACAUGUUAGCUAAUAAUCCCAUAUUUCAUAAAAACUAGACCAAAUUAACAGUCUAUUGCCUUCUAAUGAUUGUGAUCUGUGCAGGUCUGUGGUGAAAAAUCCCGAUUCGAGAAGCUCAUGGAAUAUUUCCGAACAGAAGAUUCAAACAUUGACUUUAUGGUAAGAAGGGCAGUAUGUGAGUCUAUGUGUAUAUAUACAUACAUGCAUGUGGGACAUGAAAGAUAAUGUGAUAUCAGAAAAAGGAUAAACCAUUCAGUGUCCUUUCUAACCAAUCAGUGUCCUAUCCCUAGGAAUGCUGCAAAAGUGCAUUGGGAAUUCCUGACAGUCACACAUGUGCAGUAGGAAGAUCUCUUCAACUGCACAUGUGUAUGUACUCCUAAUGUGUAUGUAUUCCUAAUGUGUAUUAUUAACUUUUUAUUAGGUUUAAACACGUCUGUGCAUUUUUAAUACCUUAUAUAAGUCCAUUGUUUCUCUAUUUUCCUAUAGGUGGCCUGCAUGCAGUUCAUCAAUAUAGUGGUUCAUUCUGUGAAGAACAUGAACUUUCGAGUCUUCCUUCAAUAUGAGUUCUCCCUUCUAGGGCUGGAUGAGUAUCUGGAGGUUGGUAUAUUAUCAGGGACAUUGCUUUGUUCUAGAAACACCUGGGCCUAUAGUCCGAAGGAAAACUCAAUGUUACCUACACUAACAGAGAGUUUGUCCAGAUAGUCUAAUACCCAACACACAGAACUUAAGUUAACAAAUAUAAAAUAAAUCAAAAAGCCCUAAAACGUAUUGCCGGACAUUAGAAUGACCGGAUUUAACGUUAAUAUAGAAAGGUAUAGAGCAAGCUGAGGUCAGGGAAACAGAAGGUACAUAAACGAUUGACAAGCCAAAGUUCAAGUGAUACAGAAGUCAGAAUAGUCAAAGAACAAGCAACGGUCAAAUACACAAGAAUCAAUCAAAACAACGCCCUCUUAGAUAACCAAACUGGAAACCACAACAGGGCACUGAAAUUAAAUAGUAAUGAGUUUAAAUACCUUAAUAACUAUUCUGAUUGGGUAUUAAUGGUCAAGUAACGAUGGGACGUGCAUGUGUGAUCUCAGCAUGACGUCACACGCACAUUUGUGGGAGACUUAUGCAUGAGACCUUGUGCAGUGGCCGGCGUCACUACACUUCAAGACGUGGCCGAUGCGGAGCUUAGACCAGGUACACUCGGUAGAUAUGUCACAUCCCAUGAACAUGCUACCUGAUAGAGUUGUGCUCAGUAAGAUUUGGUUCCCUAACACAGUCAGUUUGGGGGAACAACCCCUCUUCCCAAGUAGGCUGAUGAGCACUAUACCACUGAUUUUUCUUUUUAUAAUAGUUGGCUGCUUUGAGAAGCAUCUGCCUUAAUAAUUUGUAAAUUGAAAAAAAACCUCCAUCAACUGUAGAGAUUCAGGGCUAAAGAGCAACACCACUGUUUAUUACCUUACUAAAAUUGCAGCAAAAUUAUAUGACAUAUUGUAGAGGAAUAAGCUUUGCAUGACAGGUUUUUUUGAUCAAGAACUCAUAUUUAUAUUUGUAUUUCAUGUUCUCCCUGGUGUUUAGACCCUAAAAAGUACAGAAAGUGAACGUCUGCAGGUACAGAUACAGGCCUAUCUGGAUAAUAUAUUCGAUGUGAAUAACCUCUUGGAGGACUCAGACACCAAGCAUGAGAUGCUGGACCAUGUUGAAGACCUGCAGGGGCAUUUGGCUCACGUAUGUACCACACAAAAAAUUGAAACUCUUCAUACAGUGCGCCUCGUGCAGUGCAGAUUAAACGGGAAUGCAUCACUUUUAGACAACUGUCUCAUUCUAAAGCUUUAGUUUUGAAUGAGGCAGUUGCGUUACUUUGCAGGGUGAAAAAAAGGAGGCAAAUAUGUUUUUUUCCAUAAUUACCUGCUUAUUUCUCAUGAUUUCCACACUCACUCCAGGAGGCACUGAUCUAACCAAUCAGUGUCCUAUCCCUAGGAAUGCUGCAAAAGUGAAUUGGGUGUGACUGACAGAGUCACACAUGUGCAGCUGGAAGAUCUCUUCGCCUUGCUACAUCCUGACAGAAAGAGAAGAGAGGGGGUCUGAUUAGUGUGAUUCAUGGGUUGGGUUUCUCAUGCAUGUGACUUGCACAGCCUUCCAUAAACACUUCCUGUAAAGAGAGCCCUAUUUAGGCUUUCUUUAUUGCAAGUUCUGUUUAAUUGAGAUUUUCUUAUCCCCUGAUAUGUUAAUAGCUUGCUAGACCCUGCAAGAGCCUCCUGUAUGUGAUUAAAGUUCAAUUUAGAGAUUGAGAUACAAUUAUUUAGGGUAAAUUACAUCUGUUUGAAAGUGAAACCAGUUUUUUUUUUUUCAUGCAGGCUCUGUCAAUCAUAGCCGGGGGAGGUGUGGCUAGGGCUGCAUAAACAGAAACAAAGUGAUUUAACUCCUAAAUGACAGUGAAUUUGCAGGGGCAUGAUCUAUACACUAAAACUGCUUUAUUUAUCUAAAGUAAUUUAGGUGACUAUAGUGUUCCUUUAAAGCUGCAACAUUAUUUACCACCAUCCAGGAAAUGUAUUGUUUAUCCACUUCCAACCAGGAACUAACUUACUGCUCAGUCAAGUCCAGCCAGUAACUAAUGUUUUGCUCACCCACUUUCUUAAUUAAUAAAUUUCACUCCAUACUUAAUCAGGUCUUGAUUAUAGCAGCCAAAUGAAAUGCUUUAAUCAUUAGUGUGCCACAUUGUGUAAAUAUGUGUUUGUGUGUUUGUUUUUUUCAUUAACCCAAGAAUAUAAAUUCAUGAAAAUAAAUGACUAAAAAUGACAAGACAGGUGUUGAUGUUGUAGGUUAUGGAGACUGUUUUCCAUCACAUUAAAGGGUAAACAGCACUUCAAAAUCAGAUAAUAACGGCCUGAAGUGAUUUGUAUCGCAUUAGGUUCAUGUGACAGAAGCUCCUAUGCCACAGGUAUUUGGAGAGGCAUGAAAGCCAGCCAGCUGCCCAGUAAAUUGGGCCUGCUCCCAAUGUAGGGAGGGGUAUAAGGGCCUCAGUCAUUUACUGUGCUUCCCAGUUUGACUUGGGGUCCUCUGGGGAUUGCCUGGAAUCGUCAUACACAUCGAGCACCUGACUGGGUGACAUCUUGAAACAUUCUGAAACUGUUCCUCUGAUUGGGAGUGUGACAAAAUCCUGUUACUAUUUUAGUGGAUACCCCUGGUCCCCUGACCUCCAAAUAUAACAUUUAAAGGAGAGGUCGGGGAGGUAUCGGAGGAUACCUUGGACUUUAGAGUACUCCCACUAGAGGUCUAGGAAACCCUUUUUGGAGACAGUUCCAUGCAUCAUAUUGCAGUCUUCUUCAGAUAAGGGAGCACAGAGAGGAGUGGAGAAAGAUGGAAUGGCAGUUUUUGACUGUGAUUAAGUCUUUUUAGACACAGUUUGUUACAAGCGUAUUACGAUUAAUAUUAUUAAUAUUUUCUUUGAGAAGAUUUUCAAUAGCAGAGAAUUAAUUGGUACUUGGUAUGUCCAAGUAAGAUUGGGUGAUUUUAUUCUACACUGUACAACAGACUGGGUGCAGUGCUCGGUGGUUUAAUUUUAUUUCCUUCCCUCUUACAGCUCACAGAGAAGCUUCAGAGUACAGAGAAUGAAUAUAUGAGCAGGGUGGCUGAGCUAGAAAAGCAGCUUGACCAAACUCGCAAGGAGUUGUCUUCUGCAAGAGUAAGUUCUCUCAGUUUUUUUGUUUAUAAAUGCAAUCCACUUCUAGCUGAAGGCUGUAGGAGGACUGUAUGAAAGAAUGGGGCUUAGAUGCUCCAGGACCCUUGAAGUCCAGUGCCAGUAAACCUCCAUACAAUCUCUAUAGAUAGAGUGAGAGAGAUAGCAUUUGGGAUGCCAGAUGUGUAGACAAUAACUUGAAAGUUUGUCUACUAAAGUAAUAUCAAACCCAUUGGUUUAAAAUGUACAAUGCUCCCUGUUGCAUCCUCUGUAGAGCAGUAAGCAAUCAUUCCCCCUAUUAGGAAAAUCCCAUUCACAGGAAAACCUAACCCUAUGGGAACCUUAUUGUUCCAGAUAAACGAUUGCCUCCCAGUGGUUAAUUCAUGAAGUCAAGUCUGCACCUGAGACAAACUGUAGGAUUAAAACACAAUUUUUAAAAAUACCACAAUUACAAAAUUUUAAAAAUUCACCAGAUUUAACCAGCAUUUUUCAGGUUACAUAUAUUAAUCUCCAUUUUUGAUAUUAUACCUGUGCUACCAGGAGCAAAAGACAUCCAAUUCUUUGCCGGUUAUCCAACAUGUUGUGCAUAGGAGAGAGACAGGUGAUAGGGGAGUACUGUGGGUGGAACCUGCUGGAGAUACCUGUACAGAAGAAUCUCCAACAGUCAAUGUCUCACUGAGGUCACCAUCAGCCCGCAUCAAUGCACCAGAUUCAUCACAUACUUUCAGGAUCAACACAGUAUCCUCAUCGGUCUCGAUCUCAGGUGAGCACAGCAGAGUUACUUGUUACAAUUUACUAUUUACAGAUCUUGGUGUCAAGAUAAAAUUAACACAGUGUCUUCUGUCUACAGGUGCAACACCGGAAAGUCAAGAUACUACUAAAGACUCUGUAUGCAAUCCUUCUUUUUCAUCUUCAGCCUCUGAAUCCAUAAUUACUUUAGCCAUGUCUUCAUCAUUAUCAGAGGGCAUAAGUAUUCCUCCUCCUCCUCCUUUACCAGAGUCUGAGAAUAACACUAUCCCUGCUUGCUCACCUGAUCCUGGGUCUGAGGUAUCAGUGAUUACAAAUAUUCCUGUACCCCCUCCACUGCCAGGGUUAGAUGACACCAACAUCCCUGCAGUUCCAGAAAUUGGGAGAGAGAUUGCCUCUCCUCCUCCUCCUCCACCCCUUCCUGGAGCAGUUACUGGACCUCCCACACCUCAACCUCCUCCUUCAAUCUCUACAGGACCACCACCACCCCCACCACCACCUCCUCCUUCAGGUUCUGGUGGACCUCCUCCACCACCACCACCACCUCCUCCUUUAGGUUCCGGAGGACCUCCCCCUCCUCCACCACCUCCUGCAGUCUUUGGAUCUGCCUCUCCACCUCCAUUAACAGGUCAACCACCAGCCUCUUUAGGAACAGGUAAGAUAAGCAUUUUUGAUUGUCUUGAUAUUGCCUUUUACAUAAAAAACAAACAAACAAAUAACUCAAAAAUAAACACAUGCACUAAUUUUAUGUAAAAUCUUACCUGUCUGAUUUAUGCAUAAGCUGUUUGUCUAUUUAUUAUUUUUAUUUUAAUAUUAUUAUUUUUUUCAAACAUUAAAUGAUGUCACCUGAACUGGUAAUCAUACCAUCAACAGAAAUAAAAAUACCAUAUUAUCUUCCAUUAAUAUUGUCCACUUGAUAGGCAUGAGUAUAAAGAGGCCAGUCCAGACUAAGCUACGGAUGCAAGUCCUUAACUGGAUGCCACUGAAACCAACACAAAUCAAUGGGACAGUUUUUACACAGCUGGAUGAUGAGAAAGUGCUCCAGGUAAUUUAAGGUGGACAGUUUCCACCUGUUUUAUAACACAAUAUGUGUCAAACACUGUAUUUUAUUUGACCUAUAAUCUUUUAUUCUUGAAGGAACUUGACAUGAGUGACUUUGAAGAGCAAUUUAAGACCAAGGCCCAAGGUCCCAGUGAAACAAAUUUUUCCCAGAGAAUAAAAGCGGCUCAGAAAAAGCCAAGCAAGGUGACGCUGAUCGACCCAAAUCGUGCCAAGAAUCUUGCAAUAACCUUGAAGAAGGGAGGCCUAGCUCCCGAAGCUAUUACCACAGCCAUCAAGAAGUGAGUAUGUCAUGGGAUCCCAUGAGAGCACAUGGAAAGAGGGGCAUUGAUGGCCAUUGCUAACUAGCUGCUGUCAUUCUCUGCAACUCCCAUAAUCCUCUGCCAUACUUUGCUGAUUGAUUAUAUAAAUGUUUCUUCAUUAAAAGCUCUUGCCAAGCAGUGGCUAGGUCAAUCAUAAUUCUCAUAUAAAGGGAAGCUGUAGGCACUGUAACUACUUCAUCUCAUUGAAGGGGCCAUUAUAUAGGGAAUCCCCCGGCGAUGUCCUUUCAGUAUUUACCUAUUUUUAAUGUUUUAAUGUUAAUGCACCUGUAGACAGAAGACACUGUGUUAAUUUUAUCUUGACACCAAGAUCUGAAACACAAGUAAGCCCAUCCCCUCUGUGUUGCCUUGGUUAAUGAGGAAGUAUUAGCCUGAGCAGCAAUAGGUAGUUGUGCUAGUCUGAGAGUGCCAGCCUAUCACAGCACCCAUGGCUGGUAUGUCUUGGUAUGGUUAGUGUUACACACCUUGCAAAUGGUUUUAACAUUUAAUAGAUGGACAGAGCCAGGGUACUCCAGGUACUAUGACCGAUCCAAUAAGAUUAAAUAGUUGUAGUGCCUAUUGUGUCUCUUUAAAGUUCUAUAACAGUGGUGAGCUUAUUCCAUAAACCAUGAAUAAAGGGGCACAGCAGGUGGUUCAGGGCUUUGCAGUUUCAUUUGCUAUUUGAAUUGGAAUUCCCAGAAACUUAAAUCAUGACAUCGUAUACAACAAUCUUUUUGAAGCUAAAAUGGAAAUAUGUAGUGUGGGAAAAAAGCAAACAAUUAUUUACAGCAACAACGAAAAAAUUAAAAAAGAGAACAAUUAAUUGUAACAUAACCUUACAAAUUGCAACGAACCUGUGGCUGGAGUGCCUUUUUAAUAUUUCAAUUUUAUGGUAUGACACAACAUCCAGAUGGAAUGUUCUGUGUGUAUCUCCACGGCAGACUAGAUGGGCCGAAUGGUUCUUAUCUGCCGUCACAUUCUAUGUAACACCUACCAUCAGUACCCCAAGUAAUUAAUGGUGUUGCAUCUUUCCCCAGCUAUGAUAUGCAGGCCAUCAACUUGGAUUUUCUCGAGCUUCUAGCUCGAUUUCUGCCAUCAGACUAUGAGCGACAGCAGAUUUCACGAUAUUUGAAAGAUCAGAAACCCUUGGAUGACCUCGGUUCAGAAGAUAGAUUCAUGGUCCACCUCUGUUCCAUUCCUAGGCUGUCUGAGAGGGUUAACACCAUGACUUUCAUUUCCAGCUUUCCCGAUACUACAGCUCGUCUGACACCGGUAAAAAAAAAAUUCUAUAUUAAAUAUGUACAUGUAGGACACAGCUGUGGAACGGGGGUCAACUAGGUUGUCAUUAGCAUUGUUGCCUCUAAAGCAGGGGUUUUGAACCCAUUCCUUGUGCACACACUCUGGAGAUAUAUGUAAAACCAAUACUCAUUGGUUUGCUUAAGGAUCUGUUUGGCAACCCCUGGUCUACAAUGUAAGAGUUGAUAAGGAUGAUUAUGGAAUAUCCAGGGAUAUUUACCUAGUAAAAUAAUUACAGGCAAAUAUUUGGGACAACUUAUUCAAUCUUUAAGGUUUUUCCAUCUGUUGUUUCUAUUGCACCCUAACCAUCCCCCCCCCACCCCGCAAUAUACAGUUUGAUGAUAUCACUCAUUCCACCACGUUUUCCAUCAGAAAGUUGUUUUAUUUAAUUUCUAAUUUUUUUCCACCAAUUUAAAUUUGCCUGACUUUCAAAAUGGAUUUAAGAAAGUCAUCACUUUUUAGAUCACUUUAAUAAACACCAUCACAAUAGCAACAUAAUUUGCAGUCACGUUUCAGAAUACUUUGAUAAAUAGCCCCUAUGUUCUAGGGUUCCUUCAGCACUUAGUUAUUGUUCCUUUACAAACUAUAAUGUUGUAUUUUUUAGAUCAAGUUUUGUUAAGCUUACUCAUGUUGAGUCAAAUAAUAUAGCACCCUACAUUUAAAAUCUUCAUGAGGUUCUUGGGUGCCUCAUUUUAUGACAUGCUACCAAAGAAGCUCAUAAUAUAAUUCCAUGACAUUUGUGAUGAUGACCAGGCUGUAAAAUGUUUAAAUACUUAAUAUAAUAUUCAUAAUAAUUUUAAAAAAUUAUAACAUGUUAGAAUUCGAGUUACUUAUAAUGAACUAAAUAAGGUUAGUUUGGGGCCUCUGUUUACAUGUGUUUAUGUUGUAGAAGAGGUAAUGAAUUAUGCAAACUUUUACACUUUAUUUUGUUAAGUGAAUACUGCAUUGUUAACGUUAAGGGCAAUCAAGAUACAUGAAUGACUCUUCUAUACAUUAAAAUAUUAAUGUAUCUACUGUGAAGUACAGAAAAAUAAGUGUACUGCUAAUGUAAAAGUUUUACAUGGAGUGAGAGAAAUUCAAUUAGGAGCUGAUGGCAGUAAUUAUUUAUAUUCUGUUUACAUACUGGACCCUGGCAAAAUGAACAAAGAUCAAUGUGUAUAAUAUUUUAUUUUUAUUUGUUUUCAUCACAUUUCAGCAACUUAAUGCAUUGAUUGCUGCCUCCAUGUCAAUCAAAUCUUCAGAGAAGCUGAAAGGAGUCCUAGAGGUGAGAAGUGUCUUAGGGGAGACACGGGGAGUUCACAGUGCACAGGGGAGACGUGAGGCUAUUUUAUGUUUUUACUUUAUUUUUCUUAAAUAUAUCAUGACAAGGUGUAAUAUGUCAUGUGUUGCUGUUUAUCUGUGCUUUUAUUUCGCUAAUUGUAAGACCUGCUAAGGAACAGAUGAUUGUUAUUAUGUCCUGAUAUGAAAAACAAUAGAAUUCAAAGUGGAUGUACUUUCUUUUUCCCAUGACUGCAUAAUUGCUUCAUCUCAUUGAAGUGGUUAUAGUGGAGUCUCAUGGCACUGUCUUCCCAUAUAGAAUUAAACUGUUUUUAAUGUUUUAAUUCUAAACAAGAGUCCCCUGCAAGCCCUCUGUGCUGCUUGGGCCAAUAUGGAAGUAGUAGCCUAAGAAGCAAUUGCGGCUGUGAUUGACUGAGAGUGUCAGCUGACCACAUUCAGCCUAUCACAGUGCCAUUGCAGGUACGAAUCGUAAUGACUACAAAAAAGAUUAUAAUCUCUUUCUUAGACAUAACUUCAGUGUGGCUAUGGGAAGUCAAUGAGCCCCAUUCGGUGUUAAACUGCUCAUAAAUGGUCUAACACUGAAUGGAGGGUCAGCUCUCAAUUCAAUGAGAGGAAAUAAUUGUAGAUUAUGCUAACGUAGUGUACCGAUAAUCUUAAUUGUAAUAAUGACACGAGGAGAGUAUUUUGCAUAGCACAAGUCAAUCAUAAAACUUAAACCAAUCAAAACAAGUAACACAUUCCAUAUAAAGCCUUGACAGGCAUAGCUCCUCCUCUUUCUUUGAUGUGAAUUGAGAGUCUAGUAUAAAGUCAGGAAAUAUAACAGUAACUUUGAAGAUACUUUAUAACAGUAGGUAGAGUUGAAGAACGAACACUUCCAGUAUGUCCAAUCUGGAGACCGCAGAUAAAGGUCACACUGAAAAUAACAGAAACAAGUGAAAGGCAGUGGUAAUAAACAGAUGUCCACAUAACAGAGACAAACAAUUUGUAAUUCAAUAUUAGCAUAUUAUAAUUCAACAUAUUAUAUAGCACAUUGUAUACAAGAUGUACUAUAUAACCAUAGCCCGUAUUAGGCAACUCAACAAUCCUGUACUACCACAAGACAAUUCAGCGUAUCUAGAAUUACGUCAUCAGUAUGCAUAGCACUAACUGGAUAAAACUAAUAAGAAAAUGAAACCAGACUGAAGUAAAAUAGCUGGGACCUAAAGGUCACCCCUGUGAUGCAGAAUUCAGUAGUGUUGUGCUAUGUUGUCAUGGAGAAGUGUAUGAAUUGUGUCAUAUGGUUAGGCAGCCCCCAUUUCGAAGAUGUCUGCGUUUAUUCUGAUCGUGCAGGGGUCAAACAUAUGAGCACCGUGGGUGUCAGGAAAUAUCAUCCCCCAAUUUGUCCGCAGAUUUGCGGGCGUCCUCCCCUUUGUCCGCGGACUUGCGGGAGUCCUCCUUAUAAAAGGGUGGUAGGCCAUUUCAAAAAAUCUUUCGGACAUAUCUGGGAUCCAUUGUAGGGGCUUGCCUUCAGUUUUUUGAGGGCUCGUGUUGGUACCCUUCCAGCAGCAUUUAUCAUAGACUGAAAGUCUUGAGUGUGCUACUCCCCCUGGCCUGCAGUACCCCCCAGGUUAUCCCCAGAACCAUUCGAAGGAGCAGAAAGGGCAAAAAGCCACGGUGCGCGAGUGAAUGGGAGUGAGUGAAAGGUAAGCAGAGCAAGGCUCAGGCUCUCAGUGAGGUCGAGUAGGCUCCGGAUAGUAGAAAGCAGGAUAAACAAGCAUUAAAUAGGAUAGGAAUAAAGGGGGUAAAACAGGAGAGGGAGCAGGAGGGCAAACAGGUAUAUUUAGUAACUCUGCAAAUGAAAUCAAAGUAAAAUACAACAAAUUGAAUAAAAUAUGCUCAGAACAAAAUACUCUGACCUGUGCCUGGCUGAAGCAGCAAAGAAAGAGGAGGAGCCAUGCCUCUCAGGGCUUUAUAUGGAAUGUGUUACUUGUUUUGAUUGGUUUAAGUUUUAUGAUUGACUUGUGCUGCUGGAGGCAUAAGUAAAGAAAGUUACGCAAAAUAUGAAGCCUCCUGUCAUGUUGUGUAUAUCUGUGUGUGUGGCAGUGCAUCCAUCCCCGCAUUCAUACACCAACAAUGCACACAAACACAUCCCUGCAUUCAGAUAUAUCCAUGUAUUAAAAUGCAGUACAUACAAAUACACCUUUUUUAGUGUUGAAAGAAAGUAAUACAUUUACAUUUAUGACAUUUUUACAUACAUUUUAUGCAUGUGACACUCCAAAUGAGUUUGUCACCCCUGGCAGUGUCCCUUUAAUCUACAUCUUACUCCCUAACCAUUGCCUCUUUUUAACUCUCCUACUUUGUCUACAGCUGGUUCUGGCAUUUGGGAAUUACAUGAAUAGCAGUAAGAGAGGGGCAGCCUAUGGAUUCCGGCUGCAGUCUCUGGAUGUGGUAAGUGUGGCAAAAACCUGGCUCCUGGCUCCUAGUUGCAUUUAACGUGACAGGAAGACGGUAAAGCGUCAUGGGAAAAAUCCUUAUCUGAAAGAUUUAAUUUGUUUUGAGUAUAUUGCUGUGCUACCACAUCUUGGCAUCCAAUGCAAAUUCAAAAUGCCUCUUAAAAAGGCAUGCGCACAAAAUUAUGGGAGAAGAUGCAUGUGUAGAGCAACUUGAUAAGAUGGAGGUGGCAGUAACAUUGAUGUGCACUGGACAUAAAAGUAUGUUUUAUAUUGUGUAUACAGCACAUUCCACCCCAGGGGAAAAAAACACAAGAAGUAACGGUUCCUCUUCAGGGGUAAACUUUCAUUUCUGUGAGCUAAUAAGAGAAAAACGUUCCUGUUUAAUUUUAGCCCAGUCUAUAUAACAAUAUGUCUAAACUAGCUAAAGAGGAAACAAGGAGAUACAUUAAUAGAUUUACUUACGUAACAACAUUUUAAAUCCAAAUCAAGAUCCUCCAUGAAUAUGGUACCCAAGAAGAAUGUUUUUAAAACAUACCGCUCAACUCCAGUGUUCAAAGAAUCGAGAUUCCGGGAAAGGGAAAUAAAGUGGGUGGGACAGUGAUGUGAUGGCUCCGCACAGAGAGGUGGACACACCCAGAAAGCGGGCGGGCCUACCCAAAGUACUGCCAGAGAGCAGACCAUGCAGUUCCAGUGUUCCCUGCAGGAUCCUAGUGUCCUGAACGUAGCACUAGUGCAUGUAAAGAUGCACCCAUGCUACGCUUGUUAUGAACACUUCCCUGGUGUCCCCAAUAGUCGGGACGGCAGGACAGGAUCUUAAAAUCGGGACUGUGGCACGGAAAUCGGGACGGUUGGGAGUCAUGUUGAAGGAAUACUCCAAACAUCUAAAGCUCUUUUUAUCAUUUUUCAAAAUGCAGAUUUCAAUAGAAAUUGACACUUUUAUAAAUUAACCUCGUUACACCCUCCUGGCUUUCAAUCAGACAACCGGUCUUGUUACUUCCUGGUCUGUUUAGCUCAGUGGAGCUAAACUCAAGAGGCAGCAAUAGUCCAGAGCACCUGACUUAAAAAGACUUUAAUUGAGCUGCAUUGGAUAGUCAGUGAUUGGACAGCCACAGAAAGUCUGGUCGGAGUUAGAAGGGGAGGGCUUGGAAAGAAGGGAAGGAUUUGCAAAGGCUGCAGACCUGCAGCUUUUACAAACUGUUGUUAAGAUACACCUGCAGUGAAAUAUGUUUUCAUUGAGGGUAUAUAUAGUAUAUAGUGAUAUUUUUUAUUUAUUUAUUUUUUGGAAUUUGGGCUGUAGUGUGGUCCCCUUAAUAAAAUAAACUAAAAUAAUUAAUUAAAGAAACACUCAAGCACCAUAAUCACUACAUUCCAUUGUAGUGAUUAUAGUGCCAGGAGUGUCCUUUCCCAUUGUAUCUAGUCAAACUGUUUGCUAACAGAUCUACUUCCUGUGUCUAGCUUUCCUGUGUAAGGCAGGCUCCAAUCCAUAUCUCUCUGCCUAAGCUAAUCUUAGCUGUACAGUUAAUGCUCUCAACCAAUGAGCUGACCGUGCUGUGCAGGGCUUAUCUCGGGAGAACUAACAGAAACUCCUGGCAGGAUCUUUCAGCUAUAAGUACCGGAAGAGAGGCAGGGACCAGUGCAUGGUGGACACUUUAGUAAAAAUGGUUUGACUACUAACAUGGGGGAACGAGGGCACUCAUGACACCAUGGCCACUACACAAAAAUGUAGUGGUUAUGGUGCUUGGAGUGUUCCUUUAAGUUUAUCAGCAGUUUUGGAAAGACAUACAUGGUUAAUACUGAUAAUGCCUUUCUGCUUAUCAUCGGAGAUCUAUACUUUUAUCUCUAAUUGCAGCUCCUGGAGACCAAAUCUACAGACCGAAAGCAGACCUUGUUACAUUAUCUGGUGCGUGUGAUCCUCGAGAAAUAUUCCCAUUUGUCUAACUUCCAUUGUGACCUUAAUUUCUUGGAAAAGGCUGCAUUAGGUAAGAUUAACCAUUUUGGGGGUAUAAGUAAUCAGGGGAAAAAAAACACACUUCAUGAGAUAAAAUUCAAUUAAUGUAACUUGUAUUAAAUCUGAAAUGGAGAUAGAUCUGUAACUUUCACAUUACCACUUGCUAUAAUGUUAAAGAGAAUUAUUACAAGGUUCUUUCCAGAUGGUACUUAUACCCAACAACACACAACAUUUACCCUUUUGUCUCCCCCCCUAUGCACUAGAAAUUGUGGUGAAAGGAAAAAAACAGAUAUGUAUUCGAUGGACAUGCCCAUGUAUAGCCAUAAGACCAUUGGACUUGGACUUUCCAAAUCCUUGUUGACAUUCUAAAAGUCACAAUUGCUCCAGACCCCUGGGCUGGUCUUUUGAUAGACAGUUAUUAGAGAGUUGGUCCUACUUGCAUCGGUAUUGCUAAACACUGGUAGUCCAACUAUUCCAGAUAGUCAAAAUAAACUAUGGCUUUUCUUCAUAAUGGAACACAUUACCACCAAUUCGACUCAUACCUACUUGAAUUACAGGCCCUCUGGUCUCCCUGGAUGAAUUCUCAAUCCAAGACCAAAAAAGGUUGUGACUCCUGGUGAUGGUGGCUACCGUCACAAAGGUCUUCUUGCUCUUUGGGACGGGUGGAAUGCUUUUAUAACGAAUUGUAUUCCUAUUUUUAUACAUAUUCCAGAGCAAGAACUCCAAAAUAGUUAUAUCUCAUUGGUUUUUUAUUGAAAAUUUUUGAUAGCUAUCAAUGUCUUUAUUCUUCUAGCUAUUUAUUCUGGGUGAUUUUUUCUUUAUCGUGACUUUAUUAUGUUCCUUUUCACCACAUGUAAUUUACAUGAAAAUUCCUAAUAAUAAUUAUACAUCAAAACGAAGAGUCACUAUUUCCACUUGCAUUAAAAUCAUACAACCAACUACAAAUACUACUAACCAUAGUGGUAAGACAGUAAUUAGAAGCCCCUGUCAUAUGUUAGCCAAGUAGUAUCUUGUACAAAUGCCCAGAGUUGGCACUUGGAUACGUAAGUCAUAAGAGGUCGAAAAAAGUAAUAUUUGUAGUUGUAACCUCUAUACAAUCUUGUUGGGGCUCAAUAUAGUACACCCCAUAUUGAAUUGUACCGAGGCAGUAUCCCAGGUUGGUCAAUAGUUACUGCAUCUCUAGUAGUGCUUCACCGAUUGUAGAGAUGUUGUUUUUCCCCUUAUCUCAGUGCCUCUGGAAUCCAUACUGGUGGAAGUGCGGUCCCUCCAGGCUGGGAUGGAACAAGUCCAAAAGGAAUUUACAAAGCAAGAUGACAGCCCUGCUCUUAAGAACUUCAUAAAAACCAAUAUGGAUGUCAUGUCAAAGCUUACAGGGGAUGCCAAGACUGCACAGGUGAGGGAUGGGGUUUGGGUAGAUGAGGAAAAUUGGCAUGGGUCGGAUUUGUUUAAUUGGAAAUAAAUCCGAUAAUGUAAUUGUUUCUUGUAACCAAAUCACAUUGGCCUUCAAGAGGAACCACCACAUCUCUGGGAGUUAUCCAACAAUAAAAACCUGAAUAUCACCUAUAUUGUGCACUGUUUUAUAUAUGAUUUAGCAAUUGAGGUCAGAACCCAUUUCAGUCCAGGGAUAGCCAAGGCUCACGUUGGAUUGGAGGAGAAACAGAAACACUCAAGGUUAUUCACUGAAAUGAGAAUUUACAGAGACUUUCAAAUUUAGGACACGGUUGCCAAUCUGGAAGGAUAGCAUAGAGAAAAUUUUCCAGUUCGGCUAUUUUGUGACCGAAUUUCCCAGUAUGCUUUUCUUUAACUAAUGGAACCAGCAGGUCUGUUGGUCGGUCAGUGCAGUGGCCCUGUGCUUUUUACCCUGCAAUGAAAAAAGUUGCAGUUUUUAAGAAACUGAAAUGUUUAUAUUGCAGAGUUAAAUACACCUCUAGUUAUAUAUUUUUUUUAAUGUAUUCUUAAAUUAUACUAACAUUCUCUCUUUCAGGAGGCCUAUGCUACUGUUGUGGAAUAUUUUGGAGAGAAUAGCAAAAACACCCCUCCAUCCAACUUCUUUCCCAUUUUUGUGCGUUUUGUGAGAGGUUACAAGGUAAAUUUGACUGGAGGAGCAUUUACUCAUCUAUGAUCUAUACAGAAUGUAUAAGAUUGUAAUACAGACGUACAAUAAUUGCCUCUUUAAAAACAUUUUUUUAACUAAAAACAUUUUCAAAUAAAUCAGAAUAGGGAUACUAAAUGUUUAGUCUACGCACCAUUAACAAUUUGCAUUAUAGGAAACUGCAUAGUGCCUAGAGCACCCUAAGACCUCUAUCACAUCUGAGAGUGGGUUAUAAUAGCAAUGAUUUGUAAUAAUCACUGCAGCUAUAAAACCACCACUAGGACUAGAAUCCAGGCAGCUAGGAACACUAAGUUUCAGCAUUCCAUUGUCAAUUCCAUCUUUGUUGUCUAUGUGACUUUGUAAUCCAGAUACACAGUAGAGAGGGUUCUCUCUCCUCUACUGUGAGAGUUCCGAGCCAAGGACUACACGAGAGGUCUAUGCAGCUUUCCUGAUAGUAAAUUAAAGCCCUGUCUAUACGUUAGCUUGCACAAUAUGGCUGCUAUCAGUUUAUUGAGUGGUUCCAAUCACCCUAUGUAAUGUAUGGAACAGAUAAACUACUUAUCCCACAAUCCCCUGCUGGAACCACAUAUACACUCAUAGUGUGAACAUGCACAAUAAUAGUAAGUAAUUCACAUGGUUACACACGGUAUUAUUGAUCAGAGAACAUACACUGUAUUGAUGUUAGCGAUUAACACAUGCAAUAUGUGGUAUGUAAUCAUUCUGUCUCCAUGGUACCCAGAAAGCGGAAAAAGACCUUGAGCUCUGGAAGAAAGAGGAGACCUCAGAAACCGAUGAAAAGACAGAUAGCCCUGGAAAACUGCCACAGGUGUGUUAACAAUGCUAGCCAGGUGAUUUUGAUCUUGGGCGUGAUUGGUUGUAAACCACAUAAGGAGGGAAGGUAAUCAAUGCUUUAAUUUAUAUCUUCAGUCACCAGCCCUGAAAUCCACUAUGCCAUCGGUCAAUUUGAUGGCCGAAUUAAACAAGAAGCUGCAGAAGAAAGAGCCACGAUUAUAUGAAGAGAACUGGGCAAUAGAUGAUAUAAUAACAGGUGGGUGACUAUUAUACUCAGUGUAUGGACUUGUUUGCAAACAAUAAUAAUGACAUGUUCUCCUCUCCUUGCCUUGGGUUUAGUUUUGUGGGAUUAUGUUCCAGGGUGGUCAUUUACUACAUCUGCGAGAACUUCACAAGUAGAAGUUCAGCAACCUGCUUGGAGCAAUAUAAGAUGUGGUACUAGACAGGACGUGAUAUGGCAUCAUUAAAUGGUUCUCCAGCCUGAAGGUCCAUAGUUUGUCGAUGCCCAAUGGCCAGUCCAUGCCUGUUUUAGUGUGUGAACCAAUGCCCCAAGCUCUGGAAUAGUGGCAGCAUAUACAGUAUGGAAUGGAUGCAAUAUUUGUAUUCAUUUGUAAAACAAUUAACAGCACAAUCAGUGCACAUGGUAGACUGUUAAUAAAAUAAAUGAUAGUCUUAUUAGUUGGUAUAGAGUAGAGAUUUCAUUUUUGUUUAAACUCACUUUAAGCCUCUAUAUUAGUACCUUAUGAGAAGAACUUAAAUUAAAGAAAAAUUAAUGUUAUGCUCACAAGCUAUGUGAGUGGUUAAACUAUAUAUAUUGGCUUUAUUGUUUUUUUAUAAAGACUCAUUUUGGUAGAAACUCUUUUAGAUGACAGAUCCACUUUGCAUUCAAGGUAUAACAAAUAUAAAAAUGAUAUUUUCUUUUAGGUGUUGUUUUUUUGUAUUUAUUUUUGUAUUAUUUUAUUAUUUCGUAUUAUAUAUGCAUCCAAUUUAACAUUUUUUCUUUAUGUUAGACUUACAGAAAAAGCCGUAUCGAAGGACUGAUGUAGGUCGACGAAGUGGAAAAAGACAGAAUGGACAGCCAGUAAAUACCCCAGAUGUAAAUGUGUGAGAGCCUGUUGUGUAAAACCAGCAAAUCAACUCUCCUGUUGGACCUUUGACAUUUCACACUAUGCAUCUGGCUCUAGGGGUGGGAGAGAUGGAAGUUAAGAAUAGAAGAUCUGAUGUGUAUAAAAUGACUAAUGCUUUGCCUACAAUACCAAAGGGCGUCUUUGCAAAAGGAAUUCUUAGAUACCCAUUCUGCGGUGUGCUCAUGAAAUACGUCACAACAUUGCUUCUUCUGCCAGACUAUCCUUUAAAUAACAAUGAGACGGACAGGAGACUGACAUCCACCAUGUGCCAGAGGUCCCAGGCUAUGGCCUGAAAUGGUUGAUUCAGUGCAACUGCAGGGUCCACCAUCAACUUGUAUUGACGGUCUCUAAUGUAUUAUUUGGAUAUCUGCCAAACAUCUCCUGGAAAUUUUAAAGGGCUUUUUAAAAAAAACAAAAAACGUAAAUGUGCACAUAUCUAGUUGUGGUAUAAAAAUGUCAUCGUCAAAAGCGUAAUAUCAAAUUAAUAAGGGCCUGGCAUUUUAAUGAAAGAAGCACAUCUGAUUGAAACGCACAUGAUUAAUCCUGCAAAAAAAAAAAAAUCAUCAUUAUACUUAGCAUAUUUAUUUGUAUUUUUAGUCGUGUAACUGCAAAAUCCACAUCUUUCUUUGCUCAUUCAAAUAUGGCUAUAAGUAUCUCUUUUCUUGGUUACAGUAUUAGUAGGAUUGUGUAAAUAAUUGUGAUAUAAGAGAUUUGGAUUGGAGAAAAGAAAAAAAAAUAGUGAUGCAGGCACCAGCUCAAGAACUCAAAGAGUCAGAAGAGUCACAAGUAGUGAUGUCCCGAACGGUUCGCCACGGACUCAUCAUUGAGUAAACUUUGACCCUGUACCUCACAGUCAGCAGACACAUUCCAGCCAAUCAGCAGCAGACCCUCCCUCCCAGACCAUCCCACCUCCUGGACAGCUCACUAAGAAUGCAGCUUCACAAUGAAUGUAAAAUGGAUGCUGUCCGGGAGGUGGGAGGGUCUACUGCUGAUUGGCUGGAAUGUGUCUGCUGACUGUGAGGUACAGGGUCAAAGGUUACUCAAUGAUGAGUCUGCGGCGAACCGUUCGUGGCGAACCGUUCGGCAAACCGUUCGGGACAUCACUAGUCACAAGUUAUCAUGGACCCUUCUACAGUAGUUAGAGAGUAUCUGGAUCAGUUGGGCCUUUAACAUCUUUCUUGUGGGUCCAUAAGUGUCUUCAUACUGACUAAAGUAAUAUGUGGUCCUGAGAUAUUCAAUGUUUGAAUGUCACUGGACCCUCAAAAUCCCCCACAGAUAUAAACAAUACCCAAGAGAAAGCUAGUUUGUAGAAUCAUUUAUGCCACAUGUCUAUAUUCUUCUAGGUACUGUAAGGGUGUAUUGAUUUAUAUUCUAUCAUUAUCUAUGGAAUGGACCAUGACUCGACUGUUUUACUUUGUCCACUAAGUAGAUGUAAUGUGCAAGCCUUCUAGAGCACUCAAAUCUCGUCUUUAUAUAAUUUCCUUCUAUGAGCCUGUAGGGCUCUGUCUAAACUCACACUAGUCCAAAUGGAUGAUUGAAUGGUCUACAAAAGGUUGCACUUUAAAUCCAUUUAGUUACCUAAUAAAUUCUACACUGCUACACUUUACCUCCAGUGAAAAAUUCACCAUACUCGGGUCUAUGAGAGUUAUUCACUAAAAUAAGAAUUCAAAGUGAAUUAAAAGUGAAAUGUUGGUCAAAAUGGCCUAAAUAGAAACAUUCUCUAAGUCCUUUAUUCCAGUUCAUCUUCUCUGGCCUUAAAUUAGAAAUCCACUUUGAUUUCUCUUUUUAGUAAAUAAUCCUAUAAAUAUCCACUGACAUUUGAUGCAAACUGUGUCCCACAAAUGUCUCAAAACCAUCUAUGCCAUUGUUCUCCAACCCAGUCCUCAUGGACCACCAAGAGUCCAGGAUUUAUGUAUAUCCCUGUUUUAUUCCUAUGGAGAUACUGAUAAAACCUGGACUGUUGGUGGUCCAUGAGAACUGGGCUGGAGAACACUGAUCUAUACUACGUGGCCCUAACCUGCUUUCCUUCAAUUAUACACCAUUCAAUACCACUCAGAUUGUCUAUUUUAAUUAUGCUUGGUGCUUUGUGCACUUUGGUCCUUCCCACGUCUACCCUUAUUUACCGUGUCACUAUAUUGCUAUCACUGUAUCAAGUUAUCAUGUGAAUAGCCAAAUUAAAAUUGAUUGAGUUCUCAGUAUUUUUCCCUCACUAAAACGAAGUUAGAAUCUCAAACUUCUCCAACUAAUCGCCACCAAAAUGAGGGAGUGGGAGUACGUAAACAUUUCACUAGUAGAAAGGUAGGUCAAUGUUCUCAUAGUGGAGCAAUUGCCACGGAAACCUGUGGCUGUUGCCCUUUAGAACUCUGACCUAUAUUUCUACUAGUGACAUUUUUAUGAAUCUUCCUCCUUAUGUCAACUAGGCCAAUUCAUCUGUGACCGGAAUGGAAACAUUCAUUCAUCUGCGAUCAGGCAGGAAACACAUACGAGCUUGAUAGGUUCACAUUGUAGAGGUAAUACAUGGAUUGGGGUACUAUUUUACUUUCUAUGCUUAACUCUUACAGUGGGAGUUCAGUGCACAGUAAGAAGAUGAUUAAAAUACACUGAUUUACAAAUUCACCAUGCCCUGCUUGCAUAUGAGCUAUAUUAUUUUUUUUUAAAUACUUUGUAUAUUAAGUCAAUAAAAAAAAAAAAUCUGAGAUCAAAUUUAAUUUUGU